GGGAACAUUGGAGCAGGGAUUGUAAUCAGAGGAUUAGGUUACGCACGACUGUGAAGCUGUGAUCCUCCAUAAGAGCCACAGGUAAUCCUAUAACUUGUAACCUUCCAGUACAGCUCCUACGAUUCAUUUUGUCUCAAAUGUUUGUGGAGUAAGGACAGUUAUGGGCAUAAUGAGGCCCCAGAGAAGAGCCAGGUGACAUAAUGCCUUUCAUUUUAAGGGGAAGACCCCGGAUGGGUAAGUACAAGGACCAGAAACACACUUGAUCUUUAACGCUCUAUCUAGAUGGAUAGGAUGAGGUCAUGGUGUUUGUCCUUCUAUCCACAAAUUAUCCAGGACAAGUAGCUAACAAACAAUGCAACUUUUCAAUGUUGUGGGUAAAAUAUCAUUUGCAGUAAAUUGGACACACACACACACACACACACACACACACACACACACACACACACACACACACACACACACACACACACACACACACACACGCAUAUAUACUCACCAGCCACUUUAUUAUGUACACAUGUUCAACUGCUUGUUAACACAAAUAGCUUACGUAAAUGUCAAUUAUAUAUAUAUAUAUAUAUAUAUAUAUAUAUAUAUAUAUAUAUAUAUUACUUUCAUGUGGAUGCCAGAAUCAGAUUAACAGUCUGAAGGUAAAAAAAAAAAAUAAACAAAUUAAAAACAAGGAUAAUGAUAAUUUAAAAAAAAAAAUGUAGCAAGAAGUUGAGUAGGACUGCUACGAGAGUGCGUUGGUUUACUCUGGAUGUCUUUUAAUGUAUGCAGGUAAGCCCUACAUCUCAGCUACAUGUAAAUAACUAGUCUUAGGGUUUAUUCCACUCCACAGAUGGCACUGAAAUUUACAUCUGAAGUGUAUGUCCAUGGAUGAGAGCUGUCAACAGAUCCACCAGAGAACUAGUUUGUAAAAGACAAAUGUAUACUUUGGCCGAUUUGUUUGUUGUGGUUGCUUUUAUCAUCAUUUUUUAGUAAAUGAACCUUUCAGCUAACUCUCUUCAAUGAUUUCUUUUGGGUAGUCACAACAUGGUGGUACAUCCAACUAGAACAACACCAAACAGAUUAGCGUUUUUGAGAGCCAGCAAAGGUUAGAGUAGAGUCAAAACCAGCAGCACAGUCAGUGGUCUCCGAUUAUGCAAAAGACUAUGUUUGGAAGAUUUAUUAAGUAACCUAAUCUCUUAAAAUGGCAAAACUUUGAUCUUCAAAUGGCAGGGUAACUGACAUUUGAAAUUUUGAUCAUGUUUCAUCCUGGAAUGGGCAGGGUUGGCAAUAGUUUAACAAGGGGCUUGAUAACCUAAGUUAGGUUUGUGGUUGUACAAUGUUGAUUGAUUUGUGAAAUGCCUUAAGUCAAUGUGUAUGACAUUUGGACACAAAUCUUCAAAUCUUCAUAUGUAUGAACAUAUGAACACAGCUUGAUGUGAUAAACUUGUGGAGCAGCAGUGAACCAAUGUGACUGACUCUCUUUCUUUCCGUACUUCUCUCUCCUUUUGCUAGUCGGUCUCACUUUUUUUCUUUUUACCAAGAUACAAGAUUCAAGAGAUUCAAGAUUUGUUUAUUUGUCAUGUGCAUGUUAAACAAGGUCAACAAUGCAAUGAAAUGCCCUGGAUGAGAGGACAACUGGACUCAAAGGGGUAUAGAUAAAGCACACAAUAAGUACUGAAUGAAUACAAUAAAAUAAGGAUACAUAUAUGUAUAUAUAAAUAUAAAUAUAUAUAUAUAUAUAUAUAUAUAUAUAUAUAUAUAUAUAUAUGUUAAAGACGAAUAAAAGUAUGAGAGAAAUAUUUACAAGUGAAAAGGAAGAAAAGGAGAAGGCAGACUCCUGUACCUUCUGCCAGAAGAUAGUAGACAGAAGAGUCUUUGUGCUCGGUGGGUUUUGUUCCUGAUAAUGCUGCAGGCUUUACACAGGCAUCGGCUGAGGUAAAUGUCCUGUAUGGUGGGGAGCCUGCUGCCAGUGAGGAACUCAGCCGUGUGCACUACCCUCUGCGUGCUUUCUGGCUCUGACUGGUGCGGUUCCUGUAGGCUCUAAGUGGCGCACCUGUAGAAGUUUGUGAGGAUUUCAGAGUUUGUUCCAAACUUUCUCAGCGUUCUCAGGGAAUAGAACCUGCAUCAGGCUUUUUUAACCAAAGUGUCCGCAUGUUAAGUCCAGGACAGAUCCUCAGUAAUGUGGAUGGACACUGAGGAACUUAAAGCUGCUGACCUGCUCCACACUGGCACCAUUGAUGUGUAUGGGGUGGUGCUGGUCCUUGCGCUGUCUCCUGAAGUCCACUAUUAUCUCCUUGGUCUUAUUUGACGUUUAGAGAGAGAUUAUUCUCCUGACACCAGCUGGUCAGAUAUUUCACCUCAUCCCUGUAGGCGCUCUCAUUGUUGUUGGUGAUGAGGCCCAGGAUGGUGGUGUCAUCAGCAAACUUGAAGAUCACGUUUGAGCUGUGCCUGGCAGUGCAGUGAUGCGUGAAGAGGGAGUGGAGGAGUGGACUCAGGACACAGCCCUGAGGAGCCCCAGUGCUGAGGACUAGUGUGGAGGAGAGUUGACUGCCAACCUUCACUGCCUAUGGUCUGUUGGUGAGGAAGUCCAGUAUCCAGCAGCAGAUGGACUUCUCCAGGCCCAGGGCGAUGAGCUUUGUGUACAGUUUUGAGUGGAUUAUGGUGUUGAAUGCUGAGCUGUAGUCAAUGAAUAGCAUUCUCAUGUUGUAAUACUGCCCUGCAGCCCGUUUCCGAAGGGAGGGGAUCAUGUUCUACUUUAGUAUGUCACAGUACAUGUUGGCAUUUAUGGUUCCCUCAAUGAACUGCAGCCUCCAGUGCUGGCAGCUCUCAUGCAGCCCCAGACCGUGACACUCCCACCACCAUGCUUGACUGUAGGCAAGACACAGUUGUCUUAGUACUGCUCACCUGAUUGCCAUCACACACUCUGGACGCCAUCUGAACCAAAAAAGUUUAUAUUGGUCUCACCAGACCACAGGACACGGUUUCAGUAAUCAUGUCCUUAGUCUGUUUGUCUUUAGCAAACUGUUUCCUGGCUUUCUUGUGAAUCGUCUUUAGAAGAGGCUUCCUGCUGGGACAGCAGCCAUGCAGACCAGUUUGAUGCAGUGUGCGGUGUAUGGUCUGAGUACUGACAAGCUAACUCCCCACCCCUGUAACCUCUGCAGCAAUAUGUCCAUGUAGAUUCUCAAUCAUCCAGGUCAUGGUUUUCUUGAAGACUCCAAAAUCAGGCAACCGGUUUUGCCCUGCAACAAUGCUGUCCUGUUUAACAGCUGUACAGCAUGGUCUUAGCCACUGUGCUGCAGUUCAGUUUCAGGGUGUUGGCAAUCUUCUUAUAGCCUUGACCAUCUUUAUGAAGAGCCACAAUUCUUUUUUGAGAUUUUCAGAGUUCUUUGCCAUGAGGUGCCAUGUUCAACUUCCAGUGACUAGUAUGAGAGGGUGUGGGACUGUGAACACCAAAUUUAACACAACUGCUCCCCAUUCACACCUGAGACCUUGUAAGACUAAGGAGUAACAUGACACUGGAGAGGGAAAAUGGCUAAUAGGCCCAAUUUGGACAUUUUCACUCAGUGGUGUAGUCACUUUUGUUGUAAGGUGUGUUCACAUUAAUGCCUGUGCAUUGAGUUAUUUUGAGGGGACAGUUAAUGUACACUGUUACACAAGCUGUAAACUGACUUCUGCUCAUUGUUGUACUGUACAUCAUCUCUUAAGUGUUAUCCCAUGAAAAGAUAUAAUUACAUAUUUGCAGCAAAGUGAGGGGUGUACUCACUUUUGUGAGAUACUGUAUAUAUAAGGUGGGAUCACUGGUAUUCAACAAUGUUAUAACAAUGUUUUUUCUAACUCUUUCCCUCAGGGUCACAUUAUGAUAGCAGCAAAAGGAUGUCUCCCACUAAUGAAACCUCUGUGCCAUGGUCACAAAGAAAUGCUGAUCUGGACCAGUUCCAUUCAACAGAGCCCCUGCAAGCCCCACGAACUACUGGCAAGCCUGUUGGCUCCCCUCAUGGACUCCUUGGGGUCAGCAGUGGUAUUCAGGACCCAAGUGCCACUGGUGCCAGUGUCAGUCCAGUCCUUGCCUGGCAUGCUGCCAUUAGUGCUGCUCGCAAAGCCAAGGGAGAUGGUGAAAAGCCCAACUUGAGAUCACAGCCCUCAGUCUGCACUACUGGACUAGCGCCCGUGGGCUCACUUGCACAGAAGAAGAGGCAGCAGUAUGCCAAAAGCAAAAAGCAGGGAGGAUCUACUAAUAACAGACCACCCAGAGCUCUGUUCUGUCUAACGCUGAACAACCCCAUUAGGAAGGCCUGUAUCAGCUUGGUGGAAUGGAAGUAUCCUUUAGCUCAUUGAGUUAAGUUCUAGAUGGGUGCUGAAAAGGCUUUGUUUAUUUUUGUGGAUAGAUUUCUGCAUGAUUUAGUUGGUUUUUAGAUACAUUUUUCCACUUUUACAGCAGAAAUAUACUGAAGGCUACAGAUGUUAGGCUAUUGUAUAAAAAUAGGAAAAGAUACUUAAAUCUUUUUGUCAAGGGAAGUUUUUUUUUAUUCUUCUAAAUACAAUCAAAGCAUCUUUGUCAAGAUAACGUAUUUACAUUCCUGUAAAUGUAAACAACUUAUUUCUUUUACAUGUAAUUUUACCUUAUUAAAAUCAAAGUUUCUCUUCAUCUUUUUAAGAAAUGGCAAAAUUCCUGGACAAGAUAUUGAGAUUCAACCAAAGUGUUAUUAUUAUUAUUUUUAUUUCGAAUUGACAUAACUCUUUUCCUUAAUAGCAUCCUUUCACAGACCAUUUGAUAUCUUUAUAUUGUUGUGUAUAUUUGCAAACUGUGUGGCCUUAGCCAUCUACAUUCCCUUUCCUGGAGAUGAUUCCAAUUCUACCAAUCAAGAACUGGUGAGUAGUAUUCGCAAAUACAGAUGUAUAAGAAUAUAUGCUUUAUGUAUAAGACUGUUUUUUUUGUCACACAUAGGCCUUGCCUGAACUAAAUAAAUUAUUCUAUUUUAACUGAUGUUAAAAUUGGGACAGACUCCACACAUGAUGACAGAUAAUAACAGAUUUAGUGGUUUUGUAUGUGGUGUGCAACAACAUGGUAAUAGCAAACUACAUCCAGAAUCCCCAAACUAAAAACACAGCUAAAUCUCUUGCAGUCAAAUUUGUCCCUGGAGUGCUAAAGAUAAUGACCCUGUCAAUAGCAAUGAUGAUGAUACUAUGAAAGUUGUAUGAUGAUGAUGAUAUGCUGUUUAGCAGCUGUGAUGAUAUUGAUACAGUGUAAUUAUCACAGUAAAAAUGAAUGAAUGACUUAAAAAAAAAAAACAUUGUUCAACACUGUAUGGCAGCACUACAUCCCUACUGGCUUUGAAGCAGUUGUGACACUUAGUCAUGUUGUUCCAUCUUUCGAAGUCUUUGCAUGUUUUGCUUACUGUCAGAUGUAUGUUGCGUUGGACAAAAGUGACAAGCAAGUGCAUUUUAGAAUUGUAAGGUAAACAAACAAGGUGGACUGUGGGAGCUGGCUGACGGUGAUAGCCAAUAGCACACACAAAAUCCUCAUUUAAAUAGGGCGGCACCACUUUUGCACUUGCUAUCAAUUGUGUACGCAAUCAUAGUAGAUAACCCGCAACCAACUAAUAGCACAAGCAAUUUUUUUGUUUGCACACGCAAUUUAGUGCUCGUUAUUUGGGAUCUUGAAAGAUCAUGCCCUAACGGUAGAUGCAACACAUUUGCAUUGGUGAAUGGCUUGUCUGUGGAUUAUGGGAGGGGGACUUUCCAGGCAAUGUUUGGAUUGAUGUGUUAGGUUUCACUGCUUUGUUGAUGCACAAAAACACUGGUAAACCUGCAAGCAUGCACACACAUACACGCAUGCCAACAUGGAUGCCAACAGGUCAUCCUAGUGUGUCACAUGAGCUUCCUGUCUUUUCAGAGCAGCCUUGUGGUGAAAUGGCAGCAAAACAGAGUUUAAAAAACAGUUUGUUUUAGUACCCUGAUGAUUCAAGUUAAUUUGAUAGCACAACUAUUUUAAUGCAAUAUACAUACCCUCAAUUAUAUAUUUUGGUCCUUCAAUUAUACACAUUAUAGUUCAUACAAGAAUACGGUAUCACAGUGGAGUUGUAUUAAAGCUCCUGUAAUUAACAUAUAUGUCCUGGACAUAUGUAAAAAGUGUUUUUGACAAUAAGUGUUGACCUGCUUACUGUAACAGUUACUUAUCACAAGUAUGUGCUGUGGAAAUAGAAAGCUUUUUGUGCUGUAAAUGACCUAUCCCCAGCAGCAGUAGCCAUUCAGGGUCAUAACACAGAAAUCAUCUAGCUUGUUGCUAAUGAUCUUGUUUGCAUGUGUUAAUUUUGUAAAUACAUCACAGUAAGUUUAGUCUUUUUUUUUUGCUAAUAGUCAAAUCAAGUCAAAGUUUAUUUCUAAAGCACAUUUGAAAACAACCUCGUGCAACGUGCUGUACAGGAGUGCAAUAUAAUCAUGCAUACACUUACUAAAAAAACAGUAAUGGAAUAAAAACAAACACGAUAUUAAAAAAACAAAUAUAAAAAAGUUAGUUAGUUAGUUGGCAAUUAUGUCAGUGAGAUCAUUUCUCCUUGUCUGGUAGCAAACACUUGGACUUAACAAUCAAACGGAAUUUGAGAUGAUGGAAGUAAUCUGGAUGGUUGCUUUGGAGAUACCUGCUAGAUCAUGAAAGCAUAUGACAAGUACAAUUUUUAUGUAAAUGCCCCCCAUGCACAAAUAUGCCAAAUGUCAGGUUUAGCACCAAAAACUUCCUAGAUGAUCACAUCUAGCAGUGCUCAAUACAGGACUACAUAUCACAAUUGAGGACGGCUCUACGCAGGGGCAAGAGGGAGCAACACCCUCUCAAAUAGAUGUCUUGCCUCCUCAAAUCAAAAUUGUUUAAGUUAAGAAAGCACAUUUUAAUACACCCACAAAAUUAAUAUAUUACAAGUUGACAAAAAUAACCUGCAAAAGCAGAACUAUUUGCAGAAACAGGGACAAGAUACAAUAUCAGCUUCCUUCAAUUUCUCUGUCCCUUCGCAUUGUAUACCAUCAGUGGCUGCGCAGCACACACACGUGCACAUCGCCCACACAUACACACACACACACACGCACGCACGCACGCACACACACACACACACACACUUCCCCCUUUUAGGCCUUAGUAAACUUCCAACCACCGUAGUAUGCAAAUGAGCCAAGAUGUAGCCUGAGUGUGGUGCCAGGUUUCAACACGGAGUAUCUUACCAAAGUCUCUGCCAAACUUGUCUUAGUGACUCGUGAGAUAGUUAAUAAUCAACAACAACAACAAAAACAAAGUACCGUUAAAUAUAACGAUAUUUGUUCAGCCAACUGGGGAAUAAUCUUGCAGAGGACAAGCGGCCUGUGUCUAAUUUUGGUGAUCUUCGCCCAUGAGAAGUCUAUAACAAAUAACUUGGGCAUGGUUCAUCCAUGCCCAAGUUAUUUGUUAUAUGAUUGUUUGUGAGAUUUUUUGGAAGGGGAAACUGGAGACUGUUGUUGGAGAGUGGAGUAUGGAAUAAAGAGAUUGGAGUGGAGAGGAGUAAGGUCCUUUCUUUCAAUCAAGUGGUCAGGUAACACUAACCCUGCCUCUUGGGGUCACUUAAAUACAACUCAGGGCUAAUUGAUUUCUCAGGUGUGGUUAAAACCUAGUUGAUGUGUUUUGAAAGCACAGAGCCCUGCUUUCACUUGUCUGAUUCUUUUCUAAUCAACAUACUGCAUCUUGUGUAAAGACUUCAACAGGUUCUAUCUGGUUCUGCUAAAGGUUUCUGUAUGUUAGGAGGUAGUUUUUUUGCCCACUGUACCUGGCUAAGUGCAGCAAGUGCUGUGCUCAUGGUGACUCAAUAUAAGAUCAGGUUGGAUCUCAUCUUUUUUGUGGGGUUUGUGUCAGUAAAAUAAAUAAAAGAGAAUGGUUGAGACCUGUCUUUAUUACAAGGCAUCUUGAGAUAACAUUUUGGUGUGGAUUGACUACAUGGAUAAAGCCUGCUAAAUAAAUAGAUGAAAAUAAAUUUUAAGAGGCAUUGAAAGCAUAUUUACUGGCUCUUUGAAUGGCUCUGUAACUGUUUUUGUCUAGGACGCAUGAAAUUAGAAGGAAAACUAAAGCAACGUGCAUGGUACUCAUGGUGAUUUUAGAUAAUUUGAGAGUUUUCUGGUCAUGUAUACUGUAUUUGCCUGUAAAAGUUUCCAUUGUAACAAACCACCUCUCAGUCCAUUUUGUUAAGCACUCUGUUUUAAUAAGAGAACAUCCCAUUUAGACGAGGAAAACGAAUAUUAAAGACUGCCAAAGUAUUUUGUACUGGUGGCUGUGGGAUACAUGGUGUUUGCCUUUGUAUAUAUGAAAAUAUGUUUAAGAGUGAGGUGCUGAGUAUUCAGGACAAGAGAAAGUGUGCACAUGUGCUCAAGUCAUGUGUGAAUGUUUGUUAGAGAGGGGGUUGAGGGAUUAAGCUAGGCAGUGGAUUAGUUGUCUCUACAUUAGUGGAGGCUGCAGAGAGACGGUAGGAAGAGAGAGAUAGAUCAGAGGAUAGGUAGGGAAAUGUAGGGCAUGGCUGGUGACUGACUGAAUUAAUGCUCUAUUUACUGCAUUUAUGUCUUCACAAUAAACUUAUAUAAGAUAUUAUUGUUAACCUGGUUUUUUAGUUGGAAGCACAAGUACAAACCUCCUGCUGUAUCUCAUCAGAGCAAGCAGUCAUUUUCAGGUUUGUUUAACAUUAUCUUCUUGGGCAGGGGUUCCUCUGGGCAGAGGUUGGACUUAGAUGCAACUGAGUCCAGUUAUUUCUGACAUGAACAGACCAGUCACUGUUCACAUAGUCUUAUUAAAAUGUGCUAUGAAGUAUGUGUGAAUAUCUUUUGCAGCAGACCUGUCACAUACAGUAUAUUAAGUUAAAACACUACAAAGACAUGAUAUUUUAUGUUCAAACUGGAAAAAAAUCUCAGUUACUUUGCAAAUGUUCACUCCUUUUGAGUGUGAUGCCUGCAACACACUCCAAGAAGCGAGGCAUGGCCUUGUUUAUUACUGUUACAUCAACUUUCCUAUGAACGGUUCUCAAUAAGUGUUUAGGAACAGACUACACACAGUUUUCCUCUUUGCCUCAGUCCACCUCAGAUGAGCUCUGCCCAGAGAAGCUGGGGUUAGUUGUUGAUAUAUGGCUUUGGCUUUACAUGGUAGAUUUCAAAAGGAGGGGAUUCAAUCAGGACUCAACAAAGAGUUUGUCUGAGGUGCUCUUUGGAAUGGGAUUCACAAAGUCAUUGAAGCAAGAAGAGAGAAAACAGAGAUUGCCACUUGGCCUUAGAGGUUUGACCUUUAGUUGUCACCAGAUGCAGGUCAAACCUCUUAGGCCAAGUGACAAUUUCCUAUUGGAGAAGCACCCCUUAAAAGGCCCUACCACAACCUAGCAUCUGUUUUCUUUACUUCCUGAUGAUGGCUUGAUGCCAAAACGCAUUUAAGUUUUCUUUUUUGGUCUACAUGACCAUGCCAUUAAAUAAAGACAUUUUAAUAUAAUUAAGAGAGUGUCUUUGAGUUUUUUCUCUCUUUUGAAAGGGUAGAAUUUGAACUUGCACUUGUAGUUGUAGCAACAAACUGUGUUAACUGACAACGUUUUUCUGAAGUGUUGAGCCCACAUGGUAAUAUCCUAUCAAGAGAUGGUAGUUUCCUUCUUUGGGUGGUCUGUACUGUCUGUGCUGGUUAGAACUGUGGAUGAUCUCCAAAAUACUUGAAGCCCAUCACCAGGUAGAAUUAUUUUGGUACUGCUGCUAGCACCUGGUGGAAAUCAUGACUGGCCUUGUUUGCCACUGUACUUUUGUGCUUUGUCAUCAUCUACACCAUUUAUGUGUUUGUCAAUGCCUCUGUCUGGUAAAUUCUGCGCUCUCUUAUGUUUAUGCUCACAUACCUGUUCCAAUAAUGUGUGUGCGUGUGUGUGUGUGUCAGAGAGGGAGAUAGAAAGAGAGAGAUAGAGAGACAGAGAGAGAGAUAGAGAGAGAGAGAGAGAGAGAGAGAGAGAGAGAGAGAGAGAGAGAGAGAGAGAUUCUGCGAAAAGACUAUUAGGUUGUGUCAUGAAUCUUGCAUCAAGGAUUAAAGGUUUAGAGAAGAGGGGAAGUAUGGGUUUCACUGUGAGGCCUGUGUCUGUAUGUGUAUGUUUCUGUGUGUGUCUGUGUGUGUUGGCAUAUUUUUUGCAUGUUCUUCUGUAACAAAAAAACAAACAAAAAAACAAACAAAAAACAACAGAAUCAAGAAUUGAUAAAGCAUUUCAAUUUGAGUGACAAAUUUGCUUUUGUUGCAAAAGCCAUUCCAAUUUUAUACUUGCAGAGUUCCUGAGAUGCACCAGAAAUGAGUGAUUCAACAUUCAACCUUCCUUCAACGAGCAUUAUGAAAGUGGUUUACUUCUCUUGAGGAGAGAAUUGACCAGUGGCGAUUGCUCUAAGACUGCAAGGGAAGCUCGGCUUCCCUUAAAAUGUCACCCCCCAAAAAAAAGAAAAAGUGGUGAAAUACGUACUGCUGUGUGUACAUUUCAUUAACUAAAUACGCACUAGAAAGCCUUCAUCUUUUGUUCAGACACUGUGAUAAGAAGCUGAUAAUUAUAGGUAACCGGCAUAACUUCGUUCUCAUUCAUCCUCGCAGCGCCUCAGCGCUUUAAACAGCCGGACGCUGGGCUUCUGCUGACUUCAAUGUGGAAGCUUAAAGUGGGUUGUUCCAGCAGCGAAACUAGACGCUCAUUGGAUAAAUGCUGGGCUUUGUCCCGCCCAAUGGAAGCUAAGCUUCACUGGAGUUCUAUGGCGAGAGGGCGGUCCCGACUUUCUCCCGGACUGCAAGCUUCUGCAUCCAUGAUUGGAUGAGCUGUCUGAGGCGAAAUCCUUUUUUGAUUGACAGCUAAACAAGCGAAUCAGCGAUCUUGAAGAAUAAAACAUCUACCAGAGCAUUUUCCAAGUCAUUCAUUCCGUUGUUCUUAACUGCUCCGGAGACUUUACCGAUCCUCAGCGACUUCUGUCUUUAUUAAAAACGACUGCCGUUGUGUUUGGCGACUCUGUUCUGUUACAUACUAAUAAACAAAUACAAUUAUGAUGUAGGCCAGAAAAAUGAGCUUCCCCUCAUUGAAAGACCAGCAGCCGCCACUGGAAUUGACACAUUCUGUAUAUUUACUUGAACAAAUCUGCAUCAUAAUAUUGUUAUCUUGACUUCUUAGUACCUGCUGUCCAAAAAUAAAUUUCAGAAAAGCUUUAGUGUAUGACUUAAUAUUCAGAAUGAAAUUGAAACAGACUACCCCUGUGAGUCCAAUUAACUUGAGACUUGACAGCUCAAGGAUCGUACUUAACAUCCACCACAGGAACUCCCUCAUUAGGGCACACAGAUUUUUCUUUUUUCGAUCUCUUACAAACACACAGGGCAAUGCUCAGAAAAACAAAUGGUGUGGCUACAGCGAGAACAAACCUCACAGAUUGGGCUUACACAUUAGUUUCAUAUACAUUAGUUUAGUUUCAGAUGCAACAGAAACCUGGUCCUCUGAGUUGUUUGUCUCUUCCAUGGCCUACAGCUAAUAACCUUAAUCUACUUUUCUUUGUGACUUCCAGUUUCUUUUGCAUGUAUUGCAUAUGCACAUCUGAAAACUGUCCAGAAAUUUGCAGGAACUCCAUGCCCAGAAAAUUUCCUAUGUACACAGGUGUCUCACAGUGAGUAACCUUACCUGUGCAACAAGGGGGUUGAUGAGUUGGGGAUGGGGUUUGAGUCUCUGGAGGUAGGACAUGAUGACAAGGGCAAUGCUGUGAAACCUACAAUUACAUGUUUAGAUGUAGGGCUCUAAUUUUGUGCCUGUGCCCUGAGCAGUAGUAAUUUACAGCAGUGCAGCCCCGUGCACAGCCAAUUUGGUAGACUGAGGUGCACCAAGAUGUGCCAAGAUGGGCGUGGCGGCACAGUAGGGGAAGGUGUCGACAACAUUUGAAGGUGUUGACAGCUUGCACAGCUGGUCAAGUGGUAAAUUGGUGGACGGUCGUAGCAGUACGCACUAGUAACUAGUCACCAAUACCUCACAGGCAGGUUUCCACAGUGUCAGGCUCAUUUCAGAGCAAUAAAUAGUCAACAACAAUCACUAUUCAGUGCAACUAUCCCAGUCAGCUGAUACAUUUGAUGGAUUCCUUCUAGGAAGUUUUGGAAUGAAACUCAAUUUGUUUACAAUUACAAAUUCGAGCUUUUGCCCUCAGGCUGUCGUUUUAGGGCUCCUAUGAGGAGGACUAAGAGACUUCAGUCUCAUACUCCUAUAUGUGCACAUACAACAAAAAGGUAUAACAAAAAGUUGGCUCUGUGGCUGGGAUCUAGUUGGACUCAUUGGAGGAUGUGAUGGAGGGAUGCACACUGAAAAAGGUGGAGGUUAUUCUAGAGAACAUGGAUCAUCCAAUUAACAACACCUUGAUGGACCAACAUAACAACAGUGGUAAAUCAACCUAACGGUCUUUGAGGUGUAGCACACAAAACAUUAGUCAGCAUUCGAUUCUGUCUGAUACUGACUGCGUGUUCUAAGUUGUAUGAAAUUCAUGAAGUCAUUCUUCUGUGUCCUCUUGCAUUCUCACGACUGCUCUCCUCUCUCAACCUUUGGCGACAUAAUAGUUUGUACCACUUUUGCACAAUGUGUUGAGGAUAUAUUGUCCACCAUUAACUCAAGUAGAAACUACAACUUCCUCAUGCUUGCAUCAAUAUAAUUUUCUCUUCGAUAAAGUUUAAGUGAAAGCUUCUCAAGGAAAGAGGGCCGCACUUUCACUGUGCAGAGGCAUGAUGGCACUUCUGUUUCAGUACAUAUACAUGUAUAGACACUCAAAUACACAUUCCAAAUAUAUCUUGUGGUCUUGAGAGUGAUAGUUUAUUAGUAUAUAAUCUGGCCAUAGUGGGACUGUGAUAUGAAAUACAAUGAGGUGUGACCCAGAUGAGGGUGGGCACACGGGGUGGGCAUACUAUUUCAAUUAUCCAUUUUUCUUAUUCUCUUUGAGAAAGAAAGAAAGAAAGAAAAACUGUGUCUUUUCAAUGUUUCAUUUUAGUAAUGAUUCUAAUGUCUGACAGACAUGACAGGCAUUAUAUUAUUAUUAUCAUUGUUAGUAGUUGUAAUAGUAGUAGUAGUAGUAGUAGUAGUUGUUGUUGUAGUUGUUGUUGUUGUAGUUAUAUUUAUUGCAUGUUAUAUCACAAUUUUGCAAAUUUAAUUAUAAACAUGUAUUUUAAUUUAUUUUCCUAGUUAUGGACUUCUCUGAGUUUUUUUCAGCUUUUUAAAGCAAAAUCUUAGGUUGUAACUAUGCUUUCUCUCUCACAAGUUUUCCCAUGUUGAGUUCACUGUGUGCAAACACUAGAGGAAAAAAACUGUCCAUGGCUUUCAUGCUAGUAUGGUUAAGUUUAUGUUAAGGUAUGGUUUGUGAAUCAUUUGGAGCAGUAUCACACAUAUUAGGGUUGUUCUAGAAUUAAUGAUUGAAUUGAUAUUUAUUUCAAAUGACAAAAAUAUUUACAUUGCCAAAAUUAUGAAUAUGAGUCAGGUAAUGGGAAAAUGACAACAUUAGAUAUUAUAAAACUGAAUUCAAGGGAAGGAAUUUGUUAAUGUUGUUUCAAAUGAACUUCCUACUUAAGAUUUAAUAACACAGCAACACCAAAUUAAUUAUUAACAGAGUAACAGACAUAUGCCCAGCCUGCAAACAUUGCACAUGUCCAUAUUAAGUUUCCCUCAUAAGUGAAUGCAGACUGCUAUUGUCAGAUCAAAACAAGCAAAUACAAAUGGUGGGUGCAGGCAUGUGGGUUCACUGAAGAACCAAAGUGCCCUUAUUUGGAUGUUUGAAAACGUGGUCACCUUAUAUUAGUGGGAACAGAUGUGUGCAGAGAAAACAAAAACAAACGUAUUUAUGGCUUGACAGAAUUUUGUAGAUUUAUUGUGGUCUUAUGAAGCUUAUAUGAAACAACAUAAGAAUGAGAAUGUUAGUGUUGUUCUGUGAAGAUUCAAAUGUCUCUGAGGCCAGAUGAAAUGCACAGAUGAAUGCAGGUAAAUCAGUUGGGCAGCCAGAAGAAGGCUAAUCAGUUCCUAUCAACCUGUGUUUCCAUUCGUUUUAAUCAGAUUAAGAAAAGCCAGAGAAGCUAAGGAUAGCCAGUUCAUUGUUCAAGAACAGGAAGACGGGAAGACAAAAAAGACAACAGGAGGAAACCAGAGAUGGGGACUCGUCAUGACAAGUCAUUGUGACUUGAACUUAAGUCACUGUUUUGAUGACUUGUAACUUGACUUGGGGAAAAAAAAUGAAAGACUUGAGACUCUACCUGGAUUUGAACGUUAAAGACUCAGGACUUGAGACAUGACGACUUGAGUGACUUGAGUUUUGUUUAUUUCAUGGUUUCAGUUUUGAUAUCAAUAUAAAAUAAAUAUUAAUAAUACCUGCAGGCUGAGAAUGACACGUCAUCAACACCUGUAGAUCCGUCAUGCACUCUCUGCCGUCUGCAGCAGGCAUACCCAGAGUCAUCCUCUAUGGAUUUAAAAAAUUACCACUACAAGGCCAAACAACAGAGAGUAGAAUGUAAGACAUGUGGGACAAAGAGUUCAGACAGCCAGAUUGCAACGUUAAACUUUGUCCAUAAGUGCUUGUAUGCUAGCAGAUACUAUCAUGUUUGUCAGUCAGCUUAAUAAUAUGAUGUGAUGUGAUAACAUUUGGCAAACGUUCCGACCUGUUCAUCACAUGAGCCAGCAACAGCAGGAUAAAUGGGCUAAAUGACAUGCCAGCCAACUCACAAUCAUUUCGUUUUUCUUUUAUUAAUUAAUUGUACUUGUGUGGAACAAUAAGCCAUGUUGUGCAGUAGCCACGUGAGACUUAGGCUGGUUGAUCUGCAAGUGAGGUCACCCUCAUGGCACUAAAUUCUUGAUACCGGUAGCAAACAACUCCUCAGAUGUGAUCGGGAUAUAUGGACUACUCCAAUCUGAUUGUACUUAUAAUGUCAGGCCGUGUUGACUAUGAGACUGACAGGCUUUCAAGCUACACAUUUUCAUAUGCAGUGAAAAUUGAAUCAAGUGCUGAGAAAGUAAACUUUGCAAUGAUGAGGUAGGCCUACCUAAAGAUUUUGUUAAAACUGAGUAACACAAGGGUCUGAAGUCAAAAUACUGAAAUACUGUUUGAGAUGGACUAAAUGAAGUUCUGGUUUAAAAAUGGAGUAGUUAGAAGCUAAAAAUACUUGUAAUAUUACUUAAAACAGAUCAUUAAGGUCCAUGCUGUCAUUUUUGUUUAGUUUGAUUCCAUGUAUUUAACUGAAUAUCAGUAGUUACAAUGCAAGGGAUGAAUUGGCCAAUAACGUUGUGACAAUUACUAAUAUCUUGUCUUUUCACUUUAUUUAGAUCAGAUUGUGCACGUAAUAAGGCAACUGGACUUGACCUAUUACAGGACUUGACUUGACUUGACUUGACUUGACUUGACGUAACCUUUGACUUGACUUGACUUGCCCAAGAAAAAAAUGACUGGGGACUAACUCCUUAGUCCAGUGCUUAGUGGAAAUUAAACAAUGGAAAACAAGUGAAAACUGCCUCUUUCAGCUGAGGAAAAUCUCUAAGCUUAGGAAAAUGGUGUCACAAAAUGACUCGGAGCUCAUCAUCCGUGCCUUUGUAUCUUCACGUUUAGACUAUUGUAAUCGCUUGUUUUCAUGUCUGAACAAAAAGGAGCUGUCUCGUCUGCAAUCGGUGCAAAACUCUACACAGCAAGGAUUCUGAUCUGCAUGAAAAGGAGGACUCACAUAUCUCCGCUAUUCUUAAAGGGAUAUUCCGGCAUGAAAUUAGGUUAGGGUCACUACUCUAUCAUUUCCUUGAGGUAAUAAUCGUCAUAUUUAUGAUUUUGCACUGCAGAUGCGGUAGUUCUUCUGCCUUAGCGUCUUGGGCUGAUUGCGUUACCAUGAGGAAAUGAUUAUUAAUUAUAUGUACUGUUGAUGAAAUUAGGUGAGUUCUGAGCAUUAUUUGUGGCUAUAGAGUGCCACUUUGGUUGAUCGUGUGGCUCUCUGUAUUGCUAUCAUGCGGUCGUUAAUGAAGUUGGUAGGCUAUAACUAGGCUAUAACAUUCAUCUCUCAAGGGGGUGUCUAACUCGGUGUAUCUCGGAAUAUCCCUUGAAAGUGCUACAUUUAAUGCUCUAGUGCUACAUGUAAUCUGAUCCAGCCUUACACCCCCACUUGGGCUCUGAGGUCUGUGGAUCAGAAUCUACUGAUGGUUCCACGCAUUUGUUUUUGGACCAAAGGAGACCAAUCUUUCCAGGCUGUUGCUCCCAGGCUUUUGAAUGAUCUUCCUUUCUCUCUGUGCUUAAUUCACACUGUUGACUCCUUUAAAAGCCAACCUAAGACACAUUUAUUUGCUCAGGCUUUUGUUUAGUUUUUUGGGGGGCUGCUAUGAUGGUUAAAGGGAUAUUCUGGCGUAAAAUUAAUUUAGGGUCAAAUACACUGUAACACCAAGUUAGACACCCCCUCGAGAGAUGAAUGUUGCCAAUCGCUUGCUUGUCUAGUUAUACCAACUUUAGUCAAGACCGCAAGAUACACAACAGUCUGAGGAGUCAUAAACAAACCUCAACCAAAACGCCACUCUAUAGCCACAAAUAAUGCUCAGAACAGCACUUAACUUCAUCAACAGUACAUACAAGGCUUAAGUUUUCUUGCAAAAUGUCUUGACACAAUUAGGAAUUCAUUUUUCCGUUGAUGACAGCAAUCUGUCCAAACCAUGAGGCAGCAAAGCAGCCCCAAACCAUGAUGCCCCCUUCACCAUAUUUAACAGUUGGGAUGAGUUUUUGAUGUUGGUGUGCUGUGCCUUUUUUUCUACACAAAUAGCGUAGUGUGUUCCUUCUAAACGACUCAAUUUUGGUUUCAUCUGUCCUCAGAAUAUUUUGCCAGUAGUGCUGUAGAACAUCCAGGUGCUUUUUUGCAAACUUUAAAUGUGCAGCAAUGUUUUUCUUUGACAGCAGUGGCUUCCUCUGUGGUGUCCUCCCAUGAACUCCAUUCUUGUUCAAUGUUUUACUUGUUGUAGAUUUAUCAACAAAAAUGUUAGCAUGUGCCAGAGAUUUUUUCAGGUCUUUAGCUGACACUCUAGGAUUCUUUUUCACCUCACUGAGCAUUCUGCAUUGGCUCUUGUGGUCAUCUUUACAGGACGACCACGCCCAGGGAGAGUAGCAACAGAGCUGAACUUUCUCCAUUUAUAGACAAUCUGUCUUAUUGUAGACACAUAAACAUCAAGGCUUUCAGAGAUACUUUUGUAACCCUUUCCAGCUUCAUGUAAGUCAACAAUUCUUGAUCGUAGGUGUUCUGAGAACUCUUUUGUGCAAGGCACGGGUCACAUAAGGUAAUGCUUUUUGAGAACAGCUCACUGAGAACUGGUAUGUGUUUUAUAGGGCAGGGCAGCUUUGAUCAACACCUGCAAUCUCAUCACAUUGAUAGGACUCCAGGUUGGCUGAUUCCAGGCUCCAAUUAGUUCUUGGAGAAGUCAAUAGCCUAGGGGUUCACAUACUUUUUCCACCCUGCACUGUGAAUGUUUACAUGUUGUGUUCAAUGAAAAAAUGAAACAUAUUGCUUUGUACAGUAUAAGUUUAAGCAAAAUGUGUUUGUCUAUUGUUGUGACUUAGAUGAAGAUCAGAGCACAUUUCAUGCCCAAUUUAUGCAGAAAUUCAAGUAAUCCCAAAGGGUUCGCAUACUUUUUCUUGCAACUGUAUAAUCACUUCUUCAUGGAAAUGCAAUCAGACCAAGAUGCUAAGGCAGAAAAACUACCGCGUCUGCAGUGCAAAAUGAUUAAUAUGAUGAUUAUUACUUCAAAGAAAUGAUAAGGGGUGUCUAACUCGGUGUUGCGGUGUGUUUGACCCUCAAUUAAUUUUACGCCGGAAUAUCCCUUUAAUGUUGUUGUCUUGGCCUUUUAAAUUUGUAUGUACAUUUUUACUUUUUAUUUAUGUGAAGCACUUUGUGACUUUUUUUCUGUGAAAGGUAUAAAUAAUGUUUACUUACUUACUUACUUGCUUGCUUGGGACUUGAAGGUUAAGACUUGAGACUUACUUGAGACUUGGACAUGUGUGACUUGGUCCCAUGUCUGGAGGAAACCAAUAUCCCUACCAACAAGGGCUCAGUUUCUUUUUACGAAAUAUAAUGAAACCUUCAGCUUCCAUAAUCUGACUCCAGUCUAAAUGAACUGCAUGUUGUAGUGAUGGGAAGAACAGUUCUUCUGACUGUACUGAAUCUUUAGAAUCCGUUCAAUAAAACGAUUCAUUCAAAAGAUUCAUUAACUGAAUCAGUCAGUACUUCGGAGCCCCGUCCUGCCGGUGCAGGGGUGUGGCGUCGUUCACUUACUGCAGAGCUCUGGUUCAUUCACUGAGGCUAAGAUAAAACAGUGCAUUAUAGUGCUUUUACAUUAAUACACGUGUAUAAACUUUCCUGCACGAAGGAUUUAAUUUCAGCCGAUUUAAAGCAUUACGCUAUUUCAUAUCUUUAAAAGUAGCAGAAUCCUGCUACAGCUGCAAUGUUUAUUUAUUUUGAAUCUCUUCACUUUUCCGCAAUAUAGAGGAACAAUGACUCUGGCUCGUUUAGCAGGCUUGCUGCUGUGUUGUUUCCGCCGACGGCGAAACACAGAGAGGUGAGUUUUUCUGGGCAGGGGAGUGAUUCUUCCUUCAGGACUUGGCAAAUGAACUACAUGUGCCACCCAGUGAACGAUGCUGUGACUUCAGCAGCAGGGGAAGGGAGGGGCUUGUUCAAUGAACAAACUCGCUGCUGUGUCACCUAGUGGUUUACUGCACCGGUAGGACGGAGCUCCGAAGCACUGACUAAUUCAGUUAAUAAAUCUUUUGAACGAAUCGUUUUAAUGAACGGAUUCUAAAGAUUCAGUACAGUCAAAAGAACUGUUCUCUCCAUCACUACUGCUAUGCCUAUAGUCGAUCAGUUUCCCCCACAGACACAUCAAGAGGAGCAGCAGCUGUCUGUUUUAUUCUGUUGACAAUAUAUGACAGUAAUUCAAUUUUGCCUCAUGUCCAUGACGCAUCUCUUAUAUAAUGAUAAAUGUGUAUCACUUUCUAUCAUUCAACACUCCUCUGCACUCCUCACCAUUGCACCAUUCAUUUAACCUUUAUUUAACCAGAUAUUCCCAACGAGAUUAAAAAUCUCUUUUACGAGAGAGACCUGGCCAAGGUAGCAGCCACACUGUCAUGAAUAAAAAAAAACAAAAAUUAAAACAAUAAAACAGAGUAACAGCUGUUCAGAGAAUGUGGCCUUUCAUGAAAAACAGCAACAUUUAUCCUUCACUGCAUUCUUUAUGCUGCUCUUAAAAUUAUGGAAAGAUAUUCGUGAUUUUAAUCUGGUAGUUUUUUAAAGCAUUUUUUGUGUAUAUAUAUUCUUUAUUUUUGUAGUGACCAUUGUUUUGACUCUUAUUGUGGCAUGUUUUGAAGGUACAGUGGUUAAAAAUGGUAACAUUUUGCAAUGCCUUGCAAUCAGAUUCUAGAUUGAAAUCUUCCGUUGCUCACUCCUUUAAGGGGAACAGAUGCUCAUGACCACUAUGACCUUGUAUUAAACUUUUUAAAGAAUGCCUAUCUGUAUAAUUUAAUUUGCACACAAGCAAAUAGUUACAUAUUUAAAUCUCAGAUGCCUGAACCAAGCCAAUGACAACAUUCACUUAUUAAUUUACUGCAUAUUGAUUUUCAGAUCUUACUUUUAUACACUACAGGCCAAAAGUUUGGAAGCAAGAUCAGAUUUGUACAAAAAAAGAUCAUAGUUUCAUAUAUAUAAUUUGCAACACAAUAAACAUGACUAUUGUGUAAAGAGUAACUUAUCAGAAGACAUUUUGACUAUAAUUAUUAGGUAUUUGAGUUAUUGUUGCUUAGACUUUGCUUUCUUUAAAGUAACCUCCUCUGACUUUAACAACAGCUUGGCAUAUACCAGGCGUUCGUUCCACAAUUUUUUUAAGGUAUGUUCCAGGGAUUGCAUUCCAAGCUUUCUUAAGUUCAUUAAAAAGAAACUGCUGAUUCGUGGGACACGUUUUUCUGACCGACCGAUCCAACUAAUCCUGCACGAGCACAAUUGAGAAAGGUCUGGAGACUGAGGGGGCCAAACCAUCUUUUGAAGAACACCUUCCUCUUCUUUUUUUGUCUAGGUAACCCUGACAGAGCUGCUUAGGGUAAUUGUCUUGCUGCAAAACAAACUUAUGAGCCACAAGUCUUAGUCCAGAUGGAACAGCAUGGUGCUGGAGGAUGGAGUGGUACUGUUCCUUCUUCAUGAUACCCUUUACUUCAAACAAAUCUCCUACUCCAUCACCUGCAAAACAUCCCCAUACCAUGGAACUACCACCUCCAUGCUGAAUUGUGGGUGUAACACAUGGUGCUUUCAGAUGUUCACCAGUUUGUCUACGGACAUAGACUCUGCGUUUUGAACUGAAUAGUGCAAACUUGUUUCUAGUCAUCAUAAGUCCAAUUUUUGUGAGGUUUUGCCCACUCAUAUCUCUUUUUCUUGUUCUGUGGACGAAGUAGUGUUUUUUUGCAGAUACACAACCCUUCAGAUCAGACUUUCUCAAACAUAAUUUCACGGUUGUCAGAGAUAUGGGUUUCAACCUUGUCAUGUUGAUUUCCUCCCUUAUUUGUGGUGCUGUCUUUCGCCGAUCUCUCUUACUGGUGACAAUGCUAUGUUUAUCCUCUCUUUUGUAGUAACUUUCUUUAUCCAGGUCUUUUUCUAUCAUCAUAACUUCCAGGUUCCUCUAGUCUCUUCAGAGUGUAGUGGACUCCUUUGUUAAACACCUUUAGGUGUUUUGCAAUUUCUCUUUCUGUGUAUCUUUCUUUCCUCAAUGUACAAAUCUGUACUUUUGUUUCUUUACUCAGUUGCUUCUUGCUAGCCGUUUUUCCGGUAGUUUGAACGCAGUUUGAGAUUUAUUAGGAAUUUUGUAUGCAGACUCUAAAAAGCCAAAAAGUUGAAGUGAAUAAUCCAACUGUGAUUUAUUUUUUUGCUUUUGCACUUAAGUUGUGACUCUUGCAAAUGUUUUCAACCCUAAAACUAAGCCCUUAUUAUCUUUUGCUGACAUAUAUUUAGCAAUGGUCUGUUAACAUCAAUGUAAAUCUAAAGGUAAAUGGAGUAAAAUGGUGCUUUUCCAUGAAAGCAACAUCUGAUCAUGGAGUAAAUACAUCCCAAAAUACAUAAAACUCAUGCUGGAUUUAAAAAAAAGCAUUGUAAAGAAAAACUUGAAGUUACUCCCAACUGUUCGGCCUGCAAUGGCCUUGCUUCCAAACUUUUGGCCUGUAGUGUAUAUUUAUUGUUUCUCUUCUUGUUCUCUCAUAAGUUACUGGCUGAGAACGGCAAAAAAGUAAAACAGGACCAAAACAUUCAUUUAGGGAAAAAUGACUGCAAUAUAAUUAACAAUUUUUCUUCUUGUCCUGUUUCCCCUAUUUACAACCUUGUUUUUCUCCACCGUCUCUUUUAUCUUCUCCCCCUAACAGGAAACAGUGGAAUAUGCCUUCCUGAUCAUAUUCACAAUAGAGACAUUUAUGAAGAUUAUUGCCUAUGGCUUGGUCAUGCACCAAAACUCUUAUGUCAGAAACGGCUGGAACAUGCUUGACUUUGUCAUUGUCAUAGUGGGGUAAGUUCAUAGUUGGCACAUUAUACUAUGUGUAAACAUUCUCAGUGGAAGGAAAGAUAUCUUUCUAGAGACACAGUUGAGUCAUAACUUCAAUACACUAAAUCAUGUGCACAAAUGUCCGAAUUUCUCUAAUUUUCACAAACACAUACACAGACUUACACUCACAGAGGAACUUAAAGGGAUAUUCCAGCAUAAAUUUAAGUUGUGGUCAAACACACCGUAGCACGGAGGUAGACACCCCCUGAGAGAUGAAUGUUGCCGACUGCUUGCUUCUCUAGUUGUACCAACUUUGGUAACGACUGCACAAUAGCAUUACACUGUGGUCUACGUCUCCACACCCAAAUCUCAACCAAAAAGCCACUCUAUAACUACAAAUAAUGCACAGAACAGCACCUAACUUCAUCAUCACUACAUAUAGGGUCCCAGCCAUAGAGCUAGCCAUCAAACAGCUUUUUAGCUUUGCCUGGUUUCUUUAGCAAAGAGACCAAACACAACUCACUCACUCUCCUCCUGCAGCUGCUUGUUUGUGGAGGAGCCCUGACGAGUCGAUCACCGAGUGCAGCUGAUCAUUUCCAUGAAGUAAAAAUCAUCACAAUAUUCAUUUUGCACUGCAGAUGCGGUAGAUCUUCUGCCUUAGCGUCUCGGUCUGAUUACAUUUCCAUGAAGCAAAUGUUCUUCAUCGAGCUGCAAAACUCUGCUGGACUUGGUGAUCGACUCAUCAGGGCUCCCCCACAAACAAGCAGCUGCUGGAGGCUUUUAGCCUCUUCAGUCUCUUUGCUAAAGAAAUUAGGCAAAGCUAAAAAGAUUCUUGGUGGCUAGUAUUUGGCUGCGACCCUAUAUGCACUGUUAAUCAAGUUAGGUGUUCUGAGCAUUAUUUGUGGCUACCAUUGCGUUUUUGGUUGAGGUUUGUGUGUGGAGAUGUAGACUGUUGUGUAUUGCGGUCGUUGCUGAAGUUGGUAUAACUAGAGAAGCAAGCAGUCGGCAACAUUCAUCUCUCGACAGGGUGUCUAACUCGGUGUUACAGUGUGUUUGACCCUAACUUAAUUUUAUGCCGGAAUAUCCCUUAAAGCAUUAGCUUUUGGGCACUUGCAUAGAUUACCAGCUUGUUAUUCACAGUUUGUCCAUAGGUACUUUUGUUUCAAUGCAUACAUGUAUGGAGACUUAAAUACACAUCUAUCUAUCUAUCUAUCUAUCUAUCUUACACACACACACACACGCACACACACACACACACACACACACACACACACACACACACACACACACACACACACACACACAAACAUAUUUAUACUUUCUUGUAACUUAUUUUCCUCCCUCUUGCCUGUUCCCUCCUUCACCCUCCAGGUUGUUCAGUGUGGUUCUUGAGAUGAUAACCAAAGACGCUGACUCAAGUGGACAGACUGGAGGCAAAUCAGGGGGCUUUGAUGUGAAAGCCCUCCGAGCCUUUCGUGUUUUAAGACCUCUUCGCCUUGUCUCAGGAGUUCCCAGUGAGUCCACAUAAACUUAUCAAAUCAUACAUACAUUCAAAUACAUCCAAAACAAUUAAAGCUAAGCUAAAUCCGGCAACAAUAACAGUUGUAUCUGAUGAAGCGCAACAACACUAACCACUCUCCCACCUCCAUUUAGUCACCUCCUCUUAUCCUGAAAUAUGUAAAGCAUAUUGUCGAAGAGAUAGCUUGCAGCAUAGCAACCCCCACAGAGUCAAGUGCUACCUUUUUGUCAAGGUUGAUCAGAAAACAAAACUGUUCAUCUAACUGAUAAUUCACUGAUUUUGGGUACACAUCACAAUAAUGCUUUUGUCUUAUGUGAAAAUUCAUGUUUUAGACCAGAUGAAAUAAAGCAGUUUUAAUGACAUUUUAAUGAUAUUUUCAUGCCCCGCCGGCAGCAUGGCACAGGCACGGCAUUAGUCAGGUCCACCGUGCUGAUGAGGCGUGCCCAAGCACACUUUAGUAGUUCAGUAAGGACUGCUUUAGUUAAAAUCAAUUAUUUAUUGCAAGCAAACAUUUUUACAUUGGCAGUAUGGCUCUGUUCUGAGAGUUCCCUGCCCAUCCAUACGCUUGCAUGGAAUGCCACGGCUCUAAGAGGAGAGAGCCUCUCUCCUCCCUUUCAUGUGCAUACAUGAAAAGCCAAGGCAGAGAAAGCAGCAGCAAAUAAAUAAAAUUAAGAUAGAUAAAUCCCCCCCACAGAACAGAGCAAGCAUCAGUGACAAUACAUAUAGCACUGGUAAGAUCAGAAACAACAUAAACAGGAGGAGUUGGGGUGGAGGUGGGUUGCAGAAUGGUUGCAGCAGGCAGAGUAGGCAGGAGAAGCAGUUUAAAUAGCAUGCCAUUUUGACAUUAACCAAUUAGAUGUGUAGAGGGCAAACGGCUGAGCUGUCAGCUGACUGUAAUCUUUAGCUUGACUUUGUGUCCUGCCUGAACUACUGCUAUGCUCAAUUUUCCUGAGCGGUGCAGCCCAGCGUAAAUACCCCCCCUUCCUAACUCAGCUCCUCCCAGCGGUGUAAGUAGGAGAGAGGGAGGGGAUAAGGCGUGGAGUGGGUUUAACACAGCUGGGUCCUGUUUUCACCAAUCAAAUCAGCUCCUCUCUUCCCCCUUAACUCUGCCAACGGCAAGGCAUUGAAAAUUUUGCCAAGUAGUCGAAGAGAUGACUGAAGACAGCAGCGCAACAAUGGUGCUGGUGCCAGGAGGCAGCCCCUCAACAAGUGUUGCUGCAGGGCGUCCUCCACACUCUCUCAAAUAAGCACAGAGGGAUUUGGUGUGUGUAAGGUUGGACCCACUUGUAGGACAAACGCCCUUUUCUACACAUAAAGACACUCACAUAAAGUUGCAUAUAUUUAAACCCCAGGUGACAAAGGAGGGUUGUGCGCACAGAUCACAACAUAAACAAAUUCCAAUUAAGGCAUUUAAAACAGAACCACGUGUGCAUAAAGGUUGCAUUAAGCUCCGUGGUCUGGCUCUUUCUUUCAUUGAUGUUGGCAUAUAAAAUGAACUCAGGCAACUGAACAUUAUAUUAUUUGUUCACAUAAUUAAUAUUCAGUGAAAUAAUAUUUGCAGAAUUUUAAGGAUGUGAGAACAUCAGAUAAGCAGGUUAUUUUAAAUUAAAGUUACUUUUAUUCUUUUGUUCAGAUUUUCGGAGUGAAUACCUAAUCUGAUCACUAAAAUAAAUCAUCUGGUCAGCCUUGCCGUUGCAGCAGUAGAAUGGGGACAGGACAAGGAGACAUGUCCAGGUUAAGCUGCGUGAGAAAGAAGAGGAAGAGAAAAAAGGGAGGGAGAUGAAUUAAAUAUCUUGUAAACAUCAUAAUGUGUGACUAUUUAUUUGAUAUUUAUCUUAAUGCGGUCUCAGCUGUGUUAAUUCGAUCAGAUUUAGUGUCCAAACGCACUAAUCAGAUAAGAUAUAGAUCAGAAUAUAUCGAUACAGUUCUAAUUGUAUGUGCUGAUUCAGAGAGUUGCAGUGAAUACUGGUUGUUGUUGAUCAUUUAUUGCACUGAAAUGUGCCUGACACUGUGGAAACCUGCCAGUGAGGCAUCGGUGACGUGUGCACACUACGCUGCCAGUCUACCAAAAUACCACUAGACCAGCUGCACUUCGCUUGCGCUAAAAGCUGACCAUGUUUGAAUGGGCGAGCUUACAGCACACUUUCCACACAACCGGUGGGCAAGAAAGUGUCACUGCGCCAGCUGGUUCUAUUGACACCUCUCCAUACUGCGCCACCACGCUCAGCUUAGCGAACCUCAGUAUGCCUCAGUCAAACAAAAUACUAAACUGGCUGCGCGCCGGGCUCCGCUGGACGAAAAUACCACUGCGCUGGCUGUGCCACCCUCCACUGUGCCUCCGGCGGGCACAAAAAUAGAGCCCAUUGUGUUUGCCAUUUCUGAGUUUUUUUUAUCAAUUAGCUAAAUUUAGAAAAUAAUUUUAAGCGUAGUGACAAUAACUGUAAGUCACGCAUUAAAAAAAAUCUGAUUGAAAAUAAUAUAUUGGUUAAACUCUGAGCAACCAUGUGUAUCCCUGUUUAUGAUUUUGUGUUCCUCGGACCUUGACUUUUGUGUUUGCAGGUUUACAGGUGGUUCUAAACUCCAUCAUUAAAGCCAUGGUUCCCUUGCUUCACAUCGCUCUGCUGGUCCUCUUCGUCAUUAUCAUCUAUGCCAUCAUUGGCCUCGAGCUCUUCAUUGGCAAAAUGCAUGCAACCUGCUAUGUUAUAAAAACAGGUAUGGCAGUGAAAAGACCUUAUUUUUUCCCUAGCUAUCAGUCAUAGGUGUAUUUUAAGUAUUUUAUUAAAUUAAUUCUAUGGGUGUAUGUUAUUGCAUGUGGAUGAAAUGCUGGACAUACCGCACUGUGAAAAAGUACUUGCCCCCUUACAGAUUUCUUCUGCUUUUGCUCUUGUUACUUUUACAUGUUUUAUAAUAUCAAACAAAUUUGAAUACAAGACAAAGAUAACCUGAAUAAAUAAAAAAAGCUGUUUUCAAAUGAUUUCAUUGAUAAUUGGGGGGAAAAAAGCUAUCCCAACCAACAUAGCCCUAUGUGAAAAGUAAUUGCCACCUAAACGUAAUUGCUGCUUGCUUCUGCAGCAGGAUAAUGAUCUAAGGCACACCAGCAAUUCCACCUCUGAAUGACUCAAAAAAUAAAAAGAAAGAAAAAGGGGAAGAAAAGAAGGUUCUAGUCAAAGUCUGGUCUUAUCUCAUCCAAUUAAGAUGCUGUGGCCUAACCUUUAACAGGCUGUUGAUGCACAAAAUCCCUCCAAUAUGGUUGAAUUAAAAUUAUUCUGCAAACAAGAGAGGGCAAAAAAUCUGCCAAAGUGGUGUGAAAAACUCAUUGCCAGUCAUCGCAAAUGCUUGACUGCAGUUGUACUUUUUCAAAGCACUGUAUAUACUUUUUCUAUUAAUAAUAGCAAUUGCUAUAAAUUGCAAUUGCUAUCACUAAUAUCAUCUACCAUCCCUGGAUGGUGGAUUAAAUCCAGGUGUUCUAUGGCUAUGAUCUGGUCAUUAUUAUUUAGUUUUGGAGUAGAGCUUGGCCUUUGAUUUGGUAUUAUUUGCUACAUAGGAAUGUAAGUCAACAAUUAAGGAUAAACUGAUGGAUGGUUGUCACUGUAAACAGAGCUUUGACAGGCAAGUCAAAAAUUUUAAUUGUUAGAGGGAGGACACAAAUACCUUGAAAGUAUGUAAGUAUGUUGUUGUUUUUCAAGACAAUGUUUGCCUGUUGACUGCACAACUCUCGUCAAUAGAAGCAAGCCAUUUUUAAUAUUAUACUCACUCUGAAUCACUUGUAAAGUAGUAUAACUUUAAGUGAGAUUAGUGUUGGCAACUUUUGGAAGCCUCAAUGAAGCACCAGCAUUGUUUCUAUUCUGUGCCUCCAGGUGCCCUUGCAGAAGAAGAGUCCACACCAUGUUCUGUAUCAGGACAUGGCCGCCAUUGUCUGCUCAAUGGCACAGUUUGUAGAGAAGGCUGGCAAGGCCCCAACAAUGGUAUCACCAACUUUGACAACAUUUUAUUUGCAAUGCUUACUGUGUUCCAGUGCAUUACAAUGGAAGGCUGGACCGACGUUCUUUACUGGGUAACUAUUGUACUACUUCCUGGCUGUUUGAAACUAAAAUAAAUACGACAUGGUUGCACACCAUUUUUUGAAGGUUUCUGAAACAAAUGGCACAAGCUCAACUUAAGAUAAUGCUCUUGACAGUGUGCUUGACAUUCUUACUCGACAGUAAAAUGUCAUUAUAUCCUAUCUGAUGAGCAACAGGUCGCUGAGAGGUCAGUGGGUCACAAAGCCACACUGGCAUGAUUGAGGAAAUGUGAACUUUUAAGGCGGAACACCACAAAUUUUAGAUGAAACCAUGAAAACCUAAUUUUGAAAUGAGAAGCCUUUUAACUCUGUCAUGGACUCACCCAUUGUAGAAACAACAAAAAACAUGCCAUCAUGUCCAAAUGGCAAUCAACCCCAAGAAGGCAAAAGAAUCUACUAUUGAUAUACCAUUCCUGUGUGAUUUCAUUGUUCUCUCGAUAUCUUGUCCCCUCUUGUGAUUCCCCUUCUACUAUGAUCUAAUUGUCUAAUUUUAACAAAUACGUGUAUCAAGAGGACUUUUGUUUUGAUCUUCUUUAUUUAUGCAGUGAGUUGAGAUAGAUCAUGCUUCUUGCAAUGUUGUUUAUAUACACUUAAGAUUCUUUUCAGAGCCAGUGACAGCCAAGAAAAGCCUUUUACAGGCAGCGAAAUAUGUGACACAGAGAGAGAGAAAGAGAGACAGAAUACGAGCUAAAGCUUAAUCCUUAGAGACCUUUAAUCCUUAACAUGUCAUACAGAUGGACUGCAAAUAGUGCUGAAAAAAUGGAACAGGGACAAAUUAUAUUGUACUUCAAGACAGUGUACUUUUACAUUAAGAAAAGGAGAUGACUAAAAAGGUAUUACCAAUAUCAUUUUCUCCUCCCCCUUUAAUUUUAUGAAGUUUAAUUUGAGAAACAUUGAUGAGACAUUCAGGAAUAAUUUUGCUAAAGCAGUGGAGGAACAUUUUUGAUAUAUUUAUACAGUACAUUCAGACUUCACAUGGCAUACAACAUCAGAUUAAUGUAUCUUAGUCAAGAGAGUUAAGUUUCUUGUUGUGCAAGAUUCAAGUGCUCACGUCAAACUUGUUGUUUUUUUUUAGUUUUUAAAAGUAUGUUUUAGCCCUGAUUUUAAUUUUCAGUUUUGUGAGAUGCUGUACAUGUUGAAAUUGAUGAAUUGAUCUUCCUUAUAUGAAAUUUCACAGCUUUAAACUACAUCUUAUUGAAAACUGUUUGCCCAAUAAUUAAACUGAGGAUGUGACAAUACAUAUUCUAACAUCCUUUAAUGCUUUGGCUUCAAUGUAGAUGAAUGAUGCAAUGGGCUUUGAUCUACCGUGGGUCUACUUUGUCAGUUUGGUCAUCUUUGGAUCCUUCUUUGUUCUCAACUUGGUUUUGGGCGUGUUAAGUGGGUAAGUUUUUAACAUGGCUGAUCUUGUUCAGUACGUUUGCACAUAAAUCCUUUUCGCUAAAUCAGGGGUUCUCAGCCCCCGGCACUGGUCAGCGAUGUUAAUGUGAGACCUGAGCAUGCUUUUGCUUGCAAAGAUCCUUAAUUCUUGGCGCAAUGUUUGAUAAACACAGCCUCAAAUCAAUCACGGACUGCCUCACUGUUCUGAUACAUUGAGUCAGUCACAGUGAAGUUUUGAUGGGGGCUGAUACAGUAUGCCCUUAGAAACAUUUGGGUACCUCAACGAUGGUCAUUGCCAACUACUACCUGACUUUUAGGUGGUACAAGUUGAACGUGUCUAGGGUUUUUUUUUUUUCUUUUCUUCUUUUUUUUUCCCUUUCUUCCUCCCUCUUUCCUAUAGCGCUCCUGAUUUGACCCUACUCAAUUUUUCAGUUCGAAAUACAAAAAAAAUUCAAAAUAAUUUAUAAUAAGACUAAAAACUGUUAAUAGGUGAUAUGACAAAGUUGAAAAUAAUUUCAUUAAAUGUUAAUGGACUGAAUAAUCAUAUUAAGAGGGGGAGGAUUUUCCUUCAGUUGCAAAGAGCUGGAGGAGAUGUCCUCUUCCUAUAAGAAACUCAUUUUAUGAAAAAGGAGCACAAGUUGGGUAAGGGUUUCAUUUAAUCCAGGUCAUAUAGAUCACAUAAGAAGAGUGUUGCUAUAAUUAUCCAACCACACGUCAUUUAAAGAAGAAAAUCGUAUAACUGAUAAAGAGGGCAGGUUUGUUUUAGUAACUGGUAAAAUUAAGUCAAUCACAGUUUUAUUUUUAAAUAUAUACUAUCCACCAGAAUUAGGCCCAGAAAAUAUGUCAGAAAUAAUUGAACUGCUAAUGAAAAAAGGAAUUUUUUGUAAAGGAAUUACUUUGAUGGGGGUAGAUAUGAACCUCACAAUAAAUCCCAGAUUGGAUUCCUCAAAUAAUACAGCACAUAGAGCUGAUAAAGCAACAUCAAUUUUUAAGAGGCGCAAUGUCAGAGUUUGGAUUGGUAGACACAUGGCGGAUGGCAAACCCAACGAAGAAAGUAUAUACAUACCAUUCAGGACGAUUCUCAACUUCUUAUACACAAGACUAUUAUUUCACGUUUAAAAAAGAUGUGGAGUUGAUUGAAACAUGCAAUAUUGGCUUAAGAGAUUUAUCAGACCACACUACCGUAACUAUAACUAUAAAUCUAAAUAUAAAGGAAGGAGAAAAAACAUGAGACUAAACAACGCAUUUCUAAAGGAUAACCUAUUUGUGGGGAAAAUAAAUAAAGUUCCAAAAGAAUAUCUAGAGAUAAAUGAUAGUGGGGAUACUAAUCCAAUCAUCUUAUGGGAAGGUGCUAAAUUAGUGUUACGAGGACAUGUAAUGGCUUACAGUGCAUUGAAGAAAAGACAAAGACAACAAAAACAGAAGAUGCUUGAACAAAAAAUACAAAUCUUGGAAGAAAGAUUAAAAAACACAAAUGAACUCAACUUAAAAAUUGCAUGAAAAAUAGAUAAACUCCUUAGCAUAUAGACUUAAGACUCAGAGUAAAAAAUCAUACUUACUACAUAGAAGACAGUAAACGGCUCUGAAAUCAUAACAGAAAAAGAAAAAAUUGCUGAAGAAUUUGCUAAAUAUUAUGAAAAACUUAAUAACACCAAUACAGGCGAUAUUAUCUUGGAACAAAUGAAAGGUUUCUUAGAUAAGUUGAAUUUACAACAGGUAACAGAAAGGCAAAAUGAAAAGUUAAUUAAAGAAAUCACAGCAGAGGAAAUAUUACAACAAAUAAAACAAUUAAAAAUGGGCAAAACACCAGGUAAUGACAGAUAUAUUAAUGAAUUUUAUAAAACAUUUAGAAAAGAGUUGGUGCCAUUACUUCUACAAGCCUACAAUUUUGCAUUACAAAAAGGAACAUGGACAGCCACUUGGAAUUCAUCUAUAAUAACAGUGAUUCACAAAGAAGGCAAAGAUGCCACGAAAUGUUCCUCAUAUAGGCCAAUAUCACUAUUGAAUGCAGAUUAUAAAAUAACAUCAAUUAUAGCCAGUAGAUUACAGGACAUAGUGACGCAUAUAAUAGAUAGUGAUCAAUGUGGUUUUAAAUCAGGUAGGCUGUUGUCAGAUAAUAUUAGAAGUACUCUAAAUAUUAUCGAUUAUGCACAUAAAAUAAUACAAGCCUUCUACUCUUGAUGUUGGAUGCCGAAAAAGCACUUGAUAGGGUUUUAUGGCCUUUUAUGUUUGAAAUUGUAAGAAGCUUUGGUUUUUAUGAGAAGUUUAAUGAGUGGCUUUAAGCAAUUUAUAAAAAUCCAAUGUCAAGAGUUAAAGUUAAUGGCACAAUAUCUAGAAGAUUCCCAAUAUACAAAGGUACAAGACAAGGUGAUUCGCUCUCAGCAGUAAUAUUUGCAAUAUGUAUGGAAGGCCUAGCAGAAAGUUUAAGAAAGAAUAAUAACAUAAAGGAAUAACUAUAAGGAGGAGAAACAUAGAUUGGCAUUAUACGCAGAUGAUGAUCUCAUUUACCUAACAUCACCCGACCAAUCUUUACCAAAUUUUAUAGAAGCAAUUUCAGAAUAUAGUAAACAUUCAGGUUAUAAAUUAAAUGAAAGUUUUUGUAGCAUUAACACUUGGUGAACAGUUAUUAACAGAAACUAGGAAAGAUAUAAACUGAAAUGGGAUUCAAAGAAAAUUAAAUAUUUGGGAAUUUAUCUUACUGGAGAUCUAACAACAUUGUAUAAAGAUAACUAUCAAGCUCUAGAAAAUAAAGUUAGGCAAGAUCUAAAUAGAUGGAAGGUAAUACCAGAAUCAAUACUGGGUAGAAUAGAAAGUGUUAAAAUGAUGAUUCUUCCACAAUUUCUGUUUUUAUUUCAGACUUUGCCAAUUUCCAUACCACAUAACAGCUUUAAAAGAUGGAGUACAACGCUUUCAAAUUUUAUUUGGAAUUAUAAAAGUAAAUGGAAAAAACUCAGUAUGUUAACUCAAACCAGAGAUAAUGAGGGGCUUAAUUUCCCAGAUCUAAUGACCUACUUUUAUGCUACUCAAAUAGAAAUCAUAAUGAAAUGGAUGUAUAACUCUCUUAAAGCAAAAUGGAAACUAACAAAAAAAAACAAUUAAGCCAUUAGGCUUAAUCAAUUGGAACAUUACCUCAUUUGAGUUAAAAGGAUAUUCAAAUUAUAGUGGAAAUAAUACACGUAUUGAAAACACAUUAACAAAUUGGAAAUGUAUUCUAUUCAGAGAUACGGAUUUUCUGCCAAAUAAAACCAAUAAAAUACCACAAGAAUGGGCUAGAAAAGGAUUACAAGUGUAUUCACAGAUGAUUACAAAUAACACGAUAGAUUCAUUUGAAACUUUAGUUAAUACUUUUAAUAUAAGCAGUAAUCAUUUCUUUAAAUUUCUACAAAUUAGAAGUUACCUCAUGAAACAGCAAAGAGAUAAGGGACAGAGAAUUCAAGAGAUGAUAGAGUUUUUGAGCAAAAAUAGAAAUAGUGAAAAGAGUAAAAUCUCAAAACUGUAUAAAAUUAUGCAAGAAAUUAAGAUUAAAGUAGAUAACACGAAAGAAAAAUGGGAAAAUGAAUUAACAAUAACAAUAUGCGAAGAAGACUGAAAAGAAAGCAUGUAAAAGAAUUUUUAAGACAACACAUUCUAAGUAUUGGAGAGAAUUUGCUUAGAAAAUUAACAUGAUUUUUUAACACCCAAAAUCUUAUCAAAAUAUAGACCAGCAGGCAGUGCUGAAUGUUGGAGGAAAUGUGCAGAAAUAGAAGCCAAUCAAAAAUAACAAAUACAUUAGGCCUAAAGAAUCCCUUACACCCAGUUAAUAUUUUGUUAGGUAUUAUUCCAUUAGGAACACAUAGAGAAGGGGAUAAAUAUCUGUUUACAAUACUACAAGUUUCUGCAAAGCCACCAUUGAGUAAUGAUUGGAAAAAAAAAACAGUUAAAGAGAUUAAUUAAUUUAAAAGAAACUAGAGUAAGUGGGUCCCAUAAAUACAUGAAACAUAAAAACAGAUUUAGGAGCCCCCCCUUCCUUUUUUCUUUUUUUUUUCUCUUCGGUUCUCUACCUUUCCCUUUUCCCAUGAAGUGAACAUGUAUGUAAUGAAUGAACCUGCAAUAAAAUAUUUAAAUAAAAGAGUCAGUCACAGCCUGUCUGGACCUGUGGUCUGGACUCGGUACCAAGCCCAGAGAUGCUCCUCCUGUCAGCUUCUAUCAGGACACCUGUAGCAAAGCGAGCUAAAAAAAAUUUUCACACAAUGCAAAUGGAUUAAACGCACUGACCGGGAUGUAAACGGGAAUCAUAUUGGUUCCAUACCCCCCCUCAGUUGAGAACCACUGCUUUAAACCAUUGACAAAAUUAUAGUGGAACAAUACUACAAAGUGACAAUAAUACAUUUUGUCCCCAGAGUCCAAGCAUAGGGCUUUAGACCCAGUUCUUUGCGAGCAACUCUGCACUUGAUAGUUUGGUGCUGGAUAAGAUGUCGAUGACAUUGAUGUUGAUAAUGAUUAUAUUUAGGCUUCAUGAAGAUGUGGUCUACGUUAUUGCUGAUGCUUUGAGGAUUUUGAUAUUUAUAUAAAAAGAAAAUGCUUCUGUAAAUUCUGUGCAUUGCCUCUGGCACUCUAUUUUGGUACCAGUGACUGAUUGGAGCCAUUAUUUGCCUUUUUUUUCACUGUUGAGGUCUUAUCUUGUGUUGUAUUUACUCUAAGAUUUAAGUCAUAUAGGAAAAAAAGGUAUCUGCUAAAUCAAACUGUAUUAAUGUAACAUUGUAUUAUUGUGACAUUGUUAAUGAUUUAAUUUGUUAUUUAAAUUUAAUCCAAUUUAAUCCACAAGACUGCACAAAUUUGUGUCAAAAACUAUUAAUUGCCUUUACCUGCAAAAAUAAUAAUUAAUAAUCAAAAAUUGUUAAUAUGCUUUGAACUUCCCAGAGAGUUUUCCAAAGAACGAGAGAAGGCCAAGGCUCGGGGAGAUUUUCAGAAGCUACGUGAGAAGCAGCAGUUAGAGGAAGACUUGAAAGGCUACCUGGACUGGAUCACACAAGCUGAGGAUAUUGACCCUGAAAAUGAGGAGAAGGGAGAUGAGGAGGGAAAACGUAAAAGUGAGUUUGCUAAUUGAAUUCGAAAUUUAAUGAAGGUUAAAGGAGGAAAGGGACAUGAGAAAACAAUGCAAACAGUAUUGUUGUUACUCUGCUCUGACAGACUCACGUAUGCUUUUUCUUAAGUCUGUUAUAAAAGGAGACUGUAGAACCAAGUUGCCCAUGCUUGGAAAUGUCACUGUUAGCAGUCUAUAAAAUAGAUUUUCUCUGGGUAAGGGUAAUAAGAUGGGGCACUUGAACAAUCGUGAUUCAUUCAAAAAAAUAAGAAAAUAAAUAAACAGUAUUUGUCUGUCAAACAUUUAUUAACAUCACGAGAUCAACAUUCACCUGAGAUUGUAUAAAAUUAAAAACCAGCGCUUUGAUAUUUUUCAACUCUUUUUCUGUAAAGACAGACUGCGGUAAAGGGUUAGUAUUGCAGAUGCCUUGUGCUUGACUUGUGCUAGAUAUUGUUUUACUGGCGAAAGAGUGUUUGGGGCUCUGGGAUAUGACACUUGUGCAGUGAUAGAAAAAAGGAAGCACAUUUGUCUGGUCUCAUGGCAUUAUAACCUGUUGCUGAUGAACAGCUUGUGGCGUGAGGCCACACACAAAAAAAAAAAAAACAGCGACUUUAAAGUUUGGAGGGUUUAUUUCCAAAAUUCAAAGUAAGAAAUGUCCACAAAACCUUCUUAAAAAUAAUACCAAAUUCCAAAGAUAACAGAGGUCCUGCUUUUACUUAGAAACAAAAAAGUGUGGUCAAAAAUUGUAUAAGACCACAGCCUUUACCUAUCCAAAAUUAGCAGACCGACACUACCAGCUGUGAUGUUUUUCCAUAAUCAUGUGAUUAAAAUGAUGACAUGAGAAAUAUUUACUCAUAAACCAACUCUGUUUUACAUUUGAACUAUAACUCAGCAGCUUUCUAUAAUAAAUUGUGUUUUUAAGUUCAAAAUGGCUACAACACCUCAUCUGGGAAAACUGCUUUUGUUCAUAUUUUUGUGUUAGCACCAACUUAUUUGGAUGGAUGAGUAUGGGCUGAGAUCUGUGCCACCAGAAACUGAAAUCAAAUAACUGUACUGAAUUUUAAAAGCAUGAUUUGAAAUUGAAAUUAAUGCUUUGAAACAGGAUUUAUCUGCUUUGAGAUUGUAUUUAAUGUCAAUGUCAAUGUCAUGUUUAUUUAUAUAGCACCUUUAUAGGACAGGCCAGACAAAGUGCUUUACAGGAGAAAAAAACAUAAAAUAAUAAAAGCUACAAGUAUGGCAACAUUAAAAGGGCAACAUACAAUAACAACAAUAAAAGAAAAGCGUACGCGAGUAAAAGCAGGUCAACCAAAAGCUAGGGUAAACAGGUAGGUUUUAAGGUGCGUUUUGAAGGAGGUGAGGCUGGUUGCAGAACGCACAGACUGAGGCAGGGCAUUCCACAGAGUGGGAGCAGCAACUGUUUGAAAAUUCAACUCUCUAAUUUGUGUAAUUACAAUAUAAAAAUUUCAAUUUAAGUCACACAAUUCAGAUUCAGUUUUACAAUUCAAUUUCAAUAAAGCUUGGCACAACCAUUAAUCAUCAAAUACAAUCAAAUCAAACUAUUUAUAGAGCACUUUUCAUGCAUGGACAUGCAACAAAUAGUGCUUUACACACAGAAAAAAUAGGAACAUUACAAACAAAGCCCCUCUCCCUCACCAUCCAUACUACACAAACACACGCACACCAACACACAUGCAUGCACACAUGCCAAUUGCAAAAUAACAAUUUGUUGGAUUAUAUUUUUCUAUCAACAUAAAAUGCCCUUAACCUCUAUGUUACUCUGGCACUUCAGCAUAUCCUUUGUCAUCACUCUGUUUCUUUGUGUGUUGAACAACAGCAAGUAAGCCUACAAGUGAAACAGAGUCAGUGAACACUGAAGAUCACAAUGAAGUGGAGGAGAAAUCUCUCUGCUGUGGACCACUUGGGUGAGUGUGACUUAAUUUCUUUGCUGUUAAAAUGAAAAGAAGCUGUCCUCUUAAAAAAUCACAACAUAUUGGAUUUUGGGUAAGCCAACAAAGUGAGUUCAAUCUUUUUUUAAAUUUAGCUUUGUUUUUAAUUGCACUUAGUUUUUUUUCCCUACCAUUUUUCACUACUUGCACAACUGCUCAUGUAAAAAAUAAAAAACCUAAAUCAAAUUUGUGCUAUCAAACUCUUGAUUAAUUUUUCAUGUAUUAAAUGAAAUCCUCUUCAAUUUCAAAACAGUUUAUAUUAACAAUGUGAAGGAGAAUCCUUCUUGUGUAGCAUUAUGUGAAUCAAAUGAAUGCCUUGGAAUGUACUCAGAGUCCCUGAUUAAUGUUAUGCCACAUUUGAUCAUGGAAUCAAUGGGUCAGCUGUCCCGGGCCAUGGGCUCUCUUACCAUUUUAACCAAUGGUCCUAAACUUUUCUGUCGUGCCCCUUUUUCAAGGAAAGAAGACUUGAAUCAGGGAGCGAGUGGCAUUAAAAGACAUUUUAUGUUAUUUGGCAAGCAAAGGUUCUCACAAGCUGAACCAUCAAAACAUCUACACAGGGUGCCAACAGUUAAUCCAGCACCAGUCAAACUGUGACACCAGCUUUUGUGAUGUGGUUGUACCUUGACAGCAUUGCGAUUUGCUGCAUUUGUAUGCAAGGAGGAAGCUGAAACUAAAAACGAUUUUUCUUUUGUUUGAUACAAAGUUUAUAUUGCCUCACAUAUUUUAACUGAGGUGUCUGGGAGUUGUUUUGUUUUAUUAAAAUCUGCCUUUCAAAAGAGAGUGAUGUCAUUAUUUUCCAUCAAUGCAGCAGCAGAAGCGAUGGCUUAACCAUGGUAGGGGAUGAAAAACUUGCAUUGAUUUGACCUCUAUCACAUUGCAUUCUUGUGUAUACAUGCCGACAGCCUAAAAUAAAAUAAAAUAAAUAUACAUUUGAAAUUCAGGAAAAAAAUCCAAGAAUUUGGGUUUAGAAAAUGUAAUCACUGGGAAGUAUCUAUCAUGACAGAAAAUUAAAAUACAUUUUAUCCUGAAACCACACUCUAGUAAGGUUGUUGCAAGUGUUCUAAAGAGAAUUUCUUCUCUGUUAGUCGUCAGGGGCGACGCUGGAAUCGUUUCUGCCGCAGGAAGUGUCGUUCAGCAGUAAAAUCUGUAACAUUUUAUUGGCUGGUUAUAAUCCUGGUCUUCCUUAACACCCUCACCAUUGCUUCUGAACACUACAACCAGCCAGACUGGCUGACUGAAGUACAGGGUAUUAUUUUUUAACUUUUUUUUCGGCUGAUAAUAAAAACUGUAUCCCACAGAUUUUUUUGAAUAUUGUGCAACUAUGAUAUGUGUUUAUGUUUUUUCUUUUUCUUUUUAGAUGUGGCCAACAAAGUUCUCUUGGCAAUGUUCACCAUGGAGAUGCUAGUAAAGAUGUAUAGUUUGGGGCUACAGGCCUACUUUGUGUCCUUGUUCAACCGCUUUGAUUGUUUCGUGGUUUGUGGAGGUAUCAUAGAGACAAUCCUAGUGGAGCUCGCUAUCAUGUCUCCUUUGGGUAUUUCUGUUUUCCGCUGCGUGCGUCUCCUCAGGAUCUUCAAAGUUACACGGUGAGCAAUGAAACUGAAUGCUAAUAUUGCAUUGAUGUUUUAAACUCUCAAUUUACUGAAAUUCUUUUUAUUAAAACAGGAAUGACAUUUUUAUUAAAUGUAUUCCAUUGGAGUUUUUUGUUUUUAGCUCUAUUCCUGCUUUUAAAGAUGUGUUUGUAUAAAAUUCCAGACACUAGAAGGGAACUUUGGUAUUUUUUUAACCUGGGACGUAUUUUCCCAUGUGUUUGUGUUUGCUUGACUGAUGGUGAAAAUGAUUUCUGAAAUUGGUCCAGUACUGAGCAGCUGUGAAAAGAGCUGAAACAUAGUUUGGCAGGGCAAAUGAAAAUUGUCAAACUGCAUCCAGUACAAGUGCCUUAUUUUAUCGCUGACGGGUUCAGAUUGUUAUUACAAAUCCUACACAGCACCCAAAGGAACACCACCAGUCUCCCAAGCUUCAAGGCCUUGUAGCAGCUGCGCCGCCCUCCUCUCUUGUUAAUCCUCUCUACCUCCUUGUUUGCUCAUCAGCCUGUGGGGGCUUUUCAUCAGUAUACUCUGGCUGAAAUAAAUUUGGUUGGUCAAAGUAUUCAACGAACUCACAGUCAAAAUCAGGCACAUAUUCUUCCAUGUUUCAAAUUUUUUUUUGCUAUGUUACUGUUCUGCAACAAGCUGGUCCCAGUACUCUCUGAGUCUCCUAUUGUCACUUACUCACAUGUCCUGUGUUGUAAUCCUGCAGCUAGUGAGAUCUUACAAGACAUCAGAUUGACACUUCACUGCUGACGAGGUUUAGGGGUACACAGGCUGGCACAAGUGGAAGAUAAAGGAAACACUUGCCAUUCCACUCUAAAUACUUGUAAUUACAACCUGAGUCUGUAUAUAUAAAUACAGCACUUGUAGUGGACCCAGUUUGACAAUGCAUGGUUGCUACAAUUUAGCUUGUUUUGUGCCUGCUCCGCUCUAUUUCUUAAUGGACCAAUUUCAAAAAGGGUUCUUUUCAUCAGUAAAAUGCUCAUAAACACAUGGGGAAAUGGGGCUUGGGUUGAAAAAUACAGAAGUUGCCUUUUAAAUUUGUUGCUGGACUUUACGAUCACUAGGUUCAGUCUGACAAUCUGUCAGUUUCAGCCAUCUCUUCUACCCACCUGCUGUCCAGACAGAUAGGCAGUGGGGCUACUGAAAUUGUCAGUCACAAACUGUUGUCACCUGCCCCUCUGAAUUAUUGUAACUGUUUCUUAGAUGGCAUAUAUUUGCACAAUUUUUCAAGCCAUACAAAAACAAUGAUAGAUUUGAAGUGAUAAUAUCUGUAUAUCACUGGGGGCAAAUAGUAUACACAUCAAUAUCUAUUUGAAUGCAAUUGUUAAUCAUCUAACUUCCUUAUUCCAAAGAUAUACAAUACAAUACAACACAAGAACUUUAUGUUUCCCCAAAGGGAAAUUCUUUUGUCUGGAAACUCAAAAAACUGCAGAUAAACCAAGUUGUGAUCUGACCUGCCCAGAGGUGGUAGGGUAGUGGCCUUCUAAGCUUCUUUGACAUUGGCAUACAGUCGAUCCAGGGUUUGUUUUGCCUGGUAGGACAGUGAACAAACUGUGUCAAUCCAGUCAGGUGAGAGGAGAGGGUGACAUGGUGAUGUGGUGUAUCCUAGCAACAGUAUCAUGGAGAACAUCACACAGACCUUUAUUUUCGUGCCUGCCGGCGGCGUGGCAGAGGGUGGUACACCCUGUGCAGUGGUAUUUUCGUCUAGUUGAACCUGGCGCACAGCCAUUGUGUGGCAUUGCUGUCCUCAGUCAUCUCUUUGACUACUUCAUGAAAUUUGCAAUACGCCUCACCAGUGGUGCAUUUAAAGGUGAGGAGAGGAGCUGAUGUGAUUGGUGAAAACAGGACUCAGCUGUGUUAAACCCACUCCAUGCCUUCUCCCCUCCCUCUCUACUUAUGCUGCUGGGAGGAGCUGAGUUAGGAAACGGGGAUACUUAGGCCGGGCUGCGCCGCUCACCAAAAUACCAAAGUGUGCUUGGGCACACCUCAUCGGCGCGGUGGACCUGACCUAGGCCAUGCUGCAGGCGAGGCACAAAAAUAGAGCCCAAUAUGGCUGAAGGACAGUGGCAAAAGUUCAAUAUCUGGAUAAAACAAAUUCUCCUUGACAGUUAUGUGUAAACAGGUACAACAGUAAUACAACAUGUUGAAGAUUUAAAAAAAAAAAUCUUGCCUCCUAAUCAUGGUCAGAAAUUACAUGAGACCUCCAUAGUAAAGAUACAUAACCUAGGUAUACUCUGAAAACCACAAUGGGUACACCAGUUUCUAUGUAAGUAGCCAAAUGCUUCAGGUAGAACUCUAUAUGGUAGCAUUAUUGGAACCCUGCACUGCAAAACAGUAAAGGACACGUAGGAACCACGAUCACUUCACAAGGAUGUGAAGUGCUAUGAAGCAAGUUCAACAGCCAGUGGUCUUUUUUAUAAUCUGGCUUUCCUUCAACAAUCAAAGAUCACCCUAAGUGGUCACAUAAAACUGAUCAACAAGACUCUACAUGUCCAAAGAAACCCAGGGUUUCUUUGGACAUGUUUACUAAUGAGGGGCAGUGUUGGUGCAGUUGGUGUUUUAAAUCCAUUACCAAUCACAAACGAAAAAUGUCAGAAAUCAGUAGUACUGAUGAAACUCAGUAGAAGAUGGCCAUCAUUUUGUGGAGGGGGCUUGUGGGGGUUUAACACACACUCAAAACAAGAUCUGUUCAACUUGACUGAAAAAUGCAGGAAGAAAAGCUAGGAAAAAAUCACUUCAACAGCACCAAGCCCAUUUCCCAGGAUCAGUUCAUUUCACAUCUGACUAUAAUAACAUUCAUCUUUAUAAUACUUAAAAAAGUUUAAACCUACUUAGACUAUAAAAAGCAUUAAGUUUUGAGAAAUUCUUUUGCCAACUCAGGGUGAAGGCUGCACCCUGUCUUAGGCCUUGAUCUGUUUUAGCUCUGACCUCAACAGCUGGAUCCAUAUUGAGCUGCCUAUAUUGUAUGUGAAAACAAAAGUUAGGGCUACCACAGUAGUAGAUUAACUUUUAUUUCUCACAAGUUUAAGCAUGGUGUCACAUUCUGGAGUUAACCAAAAAAGGGAAAGGACCCAAAUUGCAGAUCAAAAAAGAGGAUUUAUUUUAAAGGAACUAAAAGAAGGAGCAACAAAAACUCACUUUUAAAAUAGUCCGACCAAAAGAAAUCCCAAAGUCAAAAACACAAGGAGCCAAAUACAAGGAAUAAAAAAAACACAAGGGAGAAAAAACCAUGAGGAGACACUGGAGUCACACAGAGGCAUGAACAUACAAUGAACGGACAAGGAAACAAGGGAAGACAGGGACUAUAUAUACACACAGGGAAACGAGCAACAAGAGGCAGGUGAGACAGUGAGACACAGGUGCAAACAAUUGCCGAAGAGGGAAAACUGAGGACAAGACUAAAAGGGAAUAAACUACCUCAAAAUAAAAUGCACUGAAAACUGAUAUAAGCAAUAAAACACUGACAACAUGAGGGAAUCGGGGUAAGGCACAAACUGAAAACUCACUUGACAAGACUACAGGGGAACUGGAACAAAAGGAAACAGAGACACUAGGGAAAAUCACAAAGAAAACACACUCCAGGGAAAAACUAACUCAAACAGCACAUAUCAUGACAUAUGGCUAGAAUUAAACACACACACAACAACAACAAGACAAACUUACAGAAGGUUAUCCUCUGUCAGCGAGAGAUGCACAGUAGAUUACUUUUUUCAUGCUAAAUUUAACUUCUCCCAAGAUUUGCCCUUCAAGUUAGAGAGAUGUUUGGUGUAUGACUAAAAGUUGUAGUAUUAUUAACCUAGUUGUUUUUAUCUGGAUAAUGCCUUUGAAAUAGAGUGUUUUUGUUGUUAGUCUAUUCUUUCAUCAACUUGAUAAUUAGUUAAUGUAAUCUUUUUACAGUCAUUGGGCAUCUCUAAGUAAUCUGGUGGCAUCUCUACUCAACUCCAUGAAGUCCAUUGCCUCCCUCUUGCUGCUGCUCUUCCUCUUCAUCAUUAUUUUCUCCCUGCUUGGUAUGCAACUUUUUGGAGGCAAGUUCAACUUUGAUGAGACUGUGACUAAAAGGAGCACAUUUGAUAACUUCCCUCAGGCCCUGCUCACAGUCUUCCAGGUGAGUCUUUGAUUUUACUUAAUUAAAAUAAACUUGCAAAAAUCAUAAGACUUGAUCACACAGUCUAUAAAGAUCAAACAAUUUGAACAAAAAAAUCUUAAUAGCAAUCCACGUGCUUCAGUGUCCUUCUUUGGGAAAAAAACAAGUUAUCUUGAAAAAUGUAUGAGGUGUAAAGAACUUAAAGUUAUUACCUUAUGCUAACACCAUACAAUUAAUGAGUGAAUUUUAUAUAUCAAAGGAUGAAAUUUACAAAAAAUCAGUUAUCUGCCCCCCUCUCAAGGUCUAUUUCAGAGGUUAAACAGAAAUAAUACUAAAAACAGCCCCAUCUAGUUUUUGACUUGAGUACUGUCUGUAACAUGUGUCUAAUUUUAAACUCGAAGUCAUCAAUUUGUUGUGAGGUCCAAACUCACAAGAUAUACCAUUUAUUUUCUUUGUAAGAAAUCCUAUUGGAACAGUACAGAAAAAUAUAAAAUAGUACAAAUAGCUUUUAGAAUUAAACAACUUCCUCUGAUCUCAUGUUCAGAGGUUUAAUAGGUUUGGAAAUUUCUUGAAUUCAUACCUCAAAGUUUAAAAACUAGAACAGACUUUACAGCAUUUGAAUUAGGAUUCAAAUGAGCACACAAGAUUAAUGGCAUGAGUUACAGGGUGCAUGUUGUGAGAUUUUCUAGACAAACAUUUGAGCAUUUGGUCUAGGCACUGCUUUGGGCUUCUUCUGAUCCACAUAAGGACACAAAUAUUCAUGAACACACUUAAAUUCAGCCUUAUUACUGGUGUCAUGGCUUUUGAACAUUGGCAUUCGAUAAGGAGCAAGACAAUGACAAUAACAAUGAUGAUGAAAUAUCAUAUGGACAGUGCAGAGUAGCACAGAGUAAACACAUAGUGAACAACAGUGUUUUUAAAAUUUUUCUAAUCAUUUAUGGAAAAAAAGAAUUGGAUUUACCUCCUCAGUUUAUUGUGUUUUCCAGAUUUUGACAGGAGAAGACUGGAACACUGUGAUGUAUGACGGUAUCAUAGCUUAUGGUGGUCCUUCCUCAUCUGGAAUGGUGGUCUGCAUUUACUUCAUAAUCCUCUUUGUCUGUGGAAACUGUAUCCAACCAGCCACAAAUAAUCACAAAUGCUCGCACUCCUUUUGUACUAAAAAACAAACAAACAAACAAAAAAAAUCCACUGCAUCAUCACGCAUGCCUGUGUAAACCUUUUAGAGUCAGUUGUCAUUGUUACACAUUUUUUAAAUUACACUUGGACAACAUUUUGGUCAGUGUUUUUUCCUUAAGCCAGAUGUACAGACAUUCUGCUUAAUGUCUUCUUGGCCAUCGCUGUUGACAACCUGGCAGAUGCGGAGAGCCUCAACUCAGCACAGAAAGAGGAAAAGAAGAGACAGGAUGGCACCAAGUAAAGCUGAGGAUGGCUUAAUAUUGCACCUUUUAAUAUUUGUAAAACUAGUUUUACUGAUUUUUUUCUUGUUUGUCAGAAGCACUUUCAAUCAUCAAGUGACUGAAGUAUUUGAAAGCGUGAAAGACGAAGAUAAGGUGAAUACAUGUCCCAUGACAUUCACUAAAUGUCAUGGGAUUCAAUUCAAAAGGGAUAUUUCUGUUUAUACUUGAAUCAUGUUUAAUCAAUUUACUGCAUGCAGAUGUCUUCAGAGAAUGUACUGGAGGACGAUGAGCUGGAUCCUGCCAACGACUUUUCAGGUAAAAGGAAAUUUCAUCUUCCAUAGUGGAAGGACCAACCUUGGGUCCAUAGAUAACAAAACUUCUAACUCCUUAAAGACUGUCUGUGAUCCCACUUCAUUGUUUUGUGAUAGAUGACAGGUUUCAACAGUAAAAGUAUUCAGUGGCAAAAGUCUCAUGUUGUUUCAUCAACCAAAUUAAUUUAAGGUACAACUUUUUUACAUUAUACAGCCUUACUUUUGGGCAAGAUGCAUGGAUAAGGAAGGCAAAAGACUCAAUUCUCUGACACCCAACUUGCAGCCAAAAAAGAUAGUGAUAGGUUCUCAUAAAUGUGUUAUACGAGUAUAAUUCUUAGCAACCUCAUGCAGUGGUUUCACUUUACUUAACGCGCCCCAGGUUCUGCCUUAGCAUGUUGUGAGUAUUAAUAAGACAUUGAGAAUCAUAGAAAUUAUAUCUUUUUUGGGUGAAACAUACAAUGAGUUCUGUAUAAACCUAUAUGACUGGGUAAAGUUAUGACACUUACAAUGUGUUAUUAAACCUAGAAUUCAGAGGAGGCAGUUUUUUAUUUUGCAUUAGGGUGUAAUGCACUAUAAACCAUAUCUUUAUCAGGCAAUAUGAUCACAGCUUAUAACACUUUAUGAACAUCGCUAUGUGCUGUAAUGAAUGCUUAGCAUCACUAAUAAGGGUUGUUAUAAAGCUUUUUAGAUGCUUUAACAAGGCUUAAUAAAUGGUUUUAUAAUGCAUUACAAGGCAUGGGUUCAUGUUAUUAUUUAUUCUCUUUUGGUAAUGAGUCUUGCUGUACAAAAUUUGCAGCAGAAUUGAACAUCAGAUUUUGGAUGUCUUGCAUAUUCAAAGAACACAUAUCCAGUCAGUAAUUAUGUUUAUGCACCAAUAUUGCAUUGCAUUUGAUCAAAGUCCUAUAUCCAUGCAUAAUUUCCAUGUCAUAUGUGAUUAUUUUGUACAAUGCAAGAAGAUAUAUCAAAUCUUUGGGAACUCACAUAUUUUUAAAAAGAACAAGGAAUAAAGAUAACUCCACUUGUGGGGAAAUAUAUCUCAAAUAUAAACAUGAGAAGUAGUCCAAACAAAACUUCACAAUAAUAAAGCAGAUAUUUCAAAAGCUUUUUAAUGAUUUAGUCAUUUGAAAGAGUAAUGUGACUAUUAGAUGAGUUAAAUAGACUACAUCUUUAGUUUCUAUGAAUCUGAGUGAUAAAGCAACAGAUCAUUUUUAUGUCAAGCAAGAUUUAAAAAGAAAUCUCUGUCCUAGUGGGUGAUGAAAAUAACUGUGAUGAUAUCUCCCAAGAACUUUCACGAGGACCCUGCCCUCGGAGGCUUUCCUAUCUCACCAUCAAAAAGAAGACACCACUCAUCCCAGCUGGCAGCGCCUUUUUUAUCUUCAGCAGCACCAAUCCGUAAGUCUUAAACAUGUGGUUUGGUGAUACAGCAAGGCACAGGAACCACUCUACCUAGUGAAACAGAAAUUGCAGAAGCAGUUCUGGAAUCAGUCAAAGAUGCAAAAAGCUACAUAGUGUGUAACAGACUUAACAGUUGUACCUUCUCUGCCAUCUCAAUUUCUUUUUUGCUUUAUAGGUUUCGUGUGUUCUGCCACAAGCUGAUCAACCAUCAGAUCUUUACCAACCUCAUUUUAAUUUUCAUUGUGCUAAGCUCCGUCUCCCUGGCCGCUGAAGACCCAAUACGCAACUUCUCUGCUCGCAAUAUUGUACGUAUUGUAAAUACAGUGUACCACUGUCUUCAGCACUUUUUUCUUCACUGUUUUAUUUGAUAUAGUUUGUUUUUUUGUUUGUUUUGUCUCUUUGUAGCUGCCACCCAGAUGGCAAUUUUACAGGUUAGGUUAGGAAAAGUAACAAUGUAAAUAAAUGAUAAUGGCUGUUAGUUAUUAUGUUUGUUGUUUUUGUUUGUUUGUUUUUUUCUGUUCAUCGUCACCGUAUUUAGCGAUCUGUUGUUUUGCCUUGCUGAAUUGGCUUACUUGAACACAGAUAUAAAAGUUACCAUUUAUGUUCCUAUCAUCACCUUAUACUAUUAUUACUCAUUAAAGUAACAAUCAGAGUUCUUACUACAUUAAAAUACAGCAUUUUACUGGGCUGUUCUUCUUGAAUUGCUUCAUGAUUUUAACUUCUGCCUCUUGCAGAUACUUGGUUAUUUUGACUAUGCUUUCACUGCAAUCUUUACAGUUGAGAUCCUGUUGAAGGUAAAUAACCUUUGGUUUGGUUGUAUAUACCUGAAUAUUUGUCUGUGUAAGAGCUUUUCUUGUCUUUGUCUCUUGUACUUUUACAAAUCCAACAUCCAACACAAGUCUGAGGUCCUCUUUGUUAUUUUUGAAGUCCCAGUGCAGUCAGUGUCUGAGUAUGAGCCCAAGUCUGAGUGAUCAGUGAUCGAGUUUAAGUCCUGAACUCAAGUACUACAACGAAAAGCUCUUCAGAGUUCAGCUUUGUGUGUAGUUGUCUUAAGAUCCUGUGAUUUAUUUAGAGAAGAAGACCUGACCUGUUAUCAUGCGUUAUACCACAAUGCUUCCUUGUAUUCUCUACAACAAUGUGCUCUUUUCUAGAAAUUGUUAGUUUUUGGUGAAAAUUAAUAUUACAGAACAUUAUUACAUAAUAGUAAAAAAUUGGGAUUUUUUUUUCUUCAAAUCAGACAAAUUUUGAUCUGUGCAAACUUGAGUGUGCUCACUUUCAACUGCAUUUUUUUUGUAACAGCUAAAAUAAUAAUAGUAGGCGUUAAUGCAGUUAAUGCAUUUCAUGGUAGAUGCAUGUGAUUGAUGAACAUGUUUUUUAUUCUUUCCCUUUUUUGUCUUCCUUCGGCAAGAUGACAGCAUUUGGGGCAUUUCUUCACAAAGGAGCGUUCUGUAGAAACUACUUCAACCUCUUAGACUUGCUGGUCGUGGGUGUGUCUCUGAUCUCCUUUGGGAUUCAGUAUGUAUAGUUAAAUUGUUUUUUGAAAUCUCAGUCUGAGUCUGUAGUAAAGCAAAUGUGGUUUUUAAAUGUUUGAUUUUCUUUGCUAGUGGCAAGGCUUAAAAGAAUACAUCCAGGAAAAAAGAAACCUGUGAUUUUGACAAGCCAGAUUCAGUGUCAUUUUUAAAAACUCUCAAAUAGGUCUUCUGCUAUCUCAGUAGUGAAGAUUUUCCGUGUCCUAAGAGUCCUCCGUCCACUCAGAGCCAUCAACAGAGCCAAAGGACUUAAGGUUAGGAGAGUAAUAAAUUACAUGCUGUUUUAAGUAUCUGCUUGUAUGUACAGUAUGUCAUUGCUAAAAAUAAAUCUGCAACCAUUAAUGAGCUUUUACAUAUGGUUAUGUAUUGUGGAUUUCUACUUAAAUUCUGUCUAUCUUUUGCAGCAUGUGGUCCAGUGUGUAUUUGUAGCCAUCAGGACCAUUGGCAACAUCAUGAUUGUCACCACACUGCUGCAGUUUAUGUUUGCUUGUAUUGGAGUACAGCUCUUCAAGGUAAGAUGAAUAAUGUUAUUCUAGGAAAGAGACACAGAUGAUUGUUGGAAAGGGUAAUAGGCUCUAAGUGUGAAAUAAAAAAAAAAUCAGAUGUCUCUAUCUGCUAUUUUCUUUUUUUCACACAGGGGAAAUUUUACCGCUGCACAGACAAUGCAAAGUCCAGUCCAGAUGAGUGCAAGUGAGUUCCCUUUGUAAGAUUCUUUGGGAUUUUCAUCAGUAGACACUCCAUAAAAAUCCUGGUCUGCUGGGCUGUAGCGUAUAUGAGGUUAAGAUUUCUUCUCCACUCAUAGAGGUUCCUUCAUUCUUUACAACAACGGAGACACAGCAGCACUCUUGGUGAAGGACAGGAUCUGGUACAACAGUGACUUUAACUUUGACAAUGUCCUUGUGGCUAUGAUGGCUCUCUUUACUGUGUCCACUUUUGAAGGAUGGCCCACGUAAGUAGAACUAACUUUUAUGUACAGUAAAUGAAGAGUAAGCUUUUUAAAAGUUUGGUUAUUGUUCAUCUGUAUCACUUUCCAACAAACAAAUGCUGUCAAACUAGAUUUUCAGUGACAACAUCAAAAAACAGCAGGACAGACAACUAUUGAAUUAUCAUGUUAUAAUUUAAUAUUUGAAUAAGCUGGGAAGGGAAACUGUACUUAUUUUCAACAUAACAUUGUAAUCACAAUCUUGGCUUGCAUUGAUAAGUAACAAAGCUAUCCAAAAAUAUGAAUGUAGAGGAUAAUAUAGACAAGGAUACAUUUACAGUGUUGUCGCUGUCUGGAGAUUUAGGAGUUUUUAUCGGGAGUAUUUCUCAACAGCCUGCAUUCAGCUGUAGAAAAAGGAACAGAGGAAGGUAGUGGCUGCUAUUACAGAAUACACUGAUGUAUAACAGACACUGCAAGUAAAGCUCAGCAAAUAUUAGAAUUUAGUUUGUUAUGUCAAUGUUAAAGCCAAAAAAGACAUUGAUUGACCAUCAAAUAAUGUGGUGAAGAUUUCCUGACAAAUCACACAAUUUUCUAUGAAAUAAAAAAAAAGAAGUGAGAUAAUACUUAAGAUGUUAAUUGAAAUGUGUGUGUGUGUGUGUGUGUGUGUGUGUGUGUGUGUGUGUGUGUGUGUGUGUGUGUGUGUGUGUGUGUGUGUGUGUGUGUGUGUGUGUGUGUGUGUGUGUGUGUGUGUGUAUACUUCCCUGCAGCCUGCUGUACAAGGCUAUCGAUUCUAACAAAGAGAACAUGGGUCCCAUCUACAACUACCGCACUGAGAUCUCCAUCUUCUUCAUCAUUUACAUCAUCAUCAUUGCCUUCUUCAUGAUGAACAUUUUUGUUGGAUUUGUUAUUGUCACCUUUCAAGAGCAGGGGGAGAAGGAGUACAAAAACUGUGAGCUUGACAAGAACCAGGUAAGGGGUGCAAUGAUCCUUUAACUGAACAUAUACAUUAUUUUUAAAUCUUUAGGGGACAGUUCAAUGUCAAAGAAGUGGAAAUAAUCUUCCUAUUUAAUGCAGUACAUGGCCCUUGUUUAACUAAGAUGGCCAGGGUUAAGACAUGGAAGCCAAUCAAUGUAUUUAUUCAUAUGUUUUAGACAAUUUGAAAACUCUGUAUCACAAAAAGUUAAUUACAAUCAAAUUAUUGCUAUUAUUUUGUUGUUUGCGCUGCUUUAUCUUGCUGUCAGCUUUUUUUUAUUGGUACUUAUUUUCUAACCAUAUAGCCUCCAUAUUUCUUUACACAGUCUGUCAAAUCAGCUGGUAGGUUUGGAAUAUCACAAUUCCAACACCCUUUCCACCCAAAAUAAAUUUGUAAAUGAAUGAAUAAGAUCAGGUUCUGUAUAUACUCAUGUGAUCUUUGAUCGCACAGCACAUACAACUGGGAGUUGAGUCUCUUUAAAACAUCUGGGUGUAGGGAUCAAAAAUAUGACCAAAACUUCUCACAGGACUGAAACAAGUGCAUUGAAUCUGCAAGCUGACCGUCUCAGUGAGGAAAAGAAGGAUGCACAUUAAUACAGUAUAGGCCAAAAGUUUGGACACACCUUCUCAUUCAACGCAUUUUCUUUAUUCUCAUUACUAUUUAAAUUGUAAAUUCUCAGUGAAGGCAUCAAAACUAUGAAUGAACACAUGUGGAAUCAUGAGCGUAAGAAAAAAGUGUGAAAUAACUGAAAACAUGUAUUAUAUUUUAGAUUCCUCAAAGUAGCCACCCUUUGCUGUUUUGAUAGCUGCCAGUCAGGUCUGUGUAUUUUGUGUAUUUUGUGUAUUUUGUGUGUGUGUGUGCGUGCGUGCGUGCAUGCGUGUGUGUUACAUAGAUUCAGAAAAAGAAAAAUGCAAAAUGAUUAGCGAACAACAUCUCAUAAUCAAUGACGAGAAAGCUCAGGGAUUUUAUCACUGAAACCAGGGAGCUGAUCCACAAGAUAAAGCAGAAAAAAAAAUUAAAAUUGGAAUUCCAAUGUAGCUAUGUCUUUUCUGAGCAUCCUAAAAUGUUUUGCAUAAACUCAGUCCUCUAAAGACAGUCUCCUUUACCAGAAAGAAAAAAACAAAACAAAAUAUAUAACAUAUUGUGAAUCUGUGUGUCUGUCCAUUCCCUCUUUGCCCUUCUUGUUUGCUUCAUCACCUCAGCGUCAGUGCGUGGAGUAUGCUCUUAAAGCUCGUCCCUUGCGGCGUUACAUCCCCAAAAACCCCUACCAAUACAAGUUCUGGAAUGUGGUCAACUCUACAGGCUUUGAGUACGUCAUGUUUGUCCUGAUUGUUCUCAACACCCUUUGUCUGGCUAUACAGGUAAGUCUUUUGAUUGAAAUUAUACCAGUUUGCUUGUGAAAAUCAUCACUCUUAAUGUCAUUAAUGCACAAGUCUCUGUAUGUAAAUUUCAACUGAAACAGUCAACCCCGAGUUAACUCUAACUGCUCUAUUUUCAUGCCCGCCGGCUGUGCGGCGGAGGGUGGUGCACCCUGUGCAGUGGUAUUUUCGUCUGGCGGAGCCUGGCGUACAGCCAGUUUGGUAUAUGGUGGGGUACGGGGAGGUGUCGACAGAAUCAGCUGGUGCAGUGAUAUUUUCGUACUUGCGGUAGAAAGUGCGCUGAAAGGUUGCCAGUUCAAACUGGUCAGCUUUCAGGUGGAGCACAGCUGGUAUUUUGGUAGACGUAGUGCGCAUACGCCACUGAUGCCUCACCCACAGCCAAUAAUCUGAGUCAGCACAUACAUUUAGAUCUAUAUAGAUAUAUUCUGAUCUAUAUCCGAUCUGAUGAGCGCGUUUGCAUGCGUUAAGACACUAAACCUGACCGAAUUAACACAGCUGAAACCACAUUAAAUUAAAUUAAAUAUCUAGUAAAUAAACACACAUGAUGAAGUUAACAAGGUAUUUAAUUCCCCCCCCCCAUUUCCAUCUUCCUCGUCCUCUUAUUUCUCUCACAGCUUGACCUGGACAAGUCUCCGUGUCCUCUCCCGGUCCUGCUGCUGCUGCUGCUGCGGCUGACCAGAUGAUUUAUUGUAAUGAUCAGAUGAGUUAUUUACUUAAAGCCAACAUACAAAUAUUAUAAAAUUUAGUUGCAUGAGCUAAAUUUAUUUUAUAUGCCAACAUCAAUGAAAGAAAGAGCCAGGCCACAUAGCGUGAUCCCUCUUUUAUAUGUAACUUGAUGUGAGUGUCUUUAUUUGUGGAAAAGUGUGUUUGUCUUACCAGUGGGUCCAACCUUACACACACCAAAUCUCUCUGUGAUAACUUGAGAAAGUGUGGAGAGAGAAUGUUCCACCAUCUGUCGCCAUCAUGUGGCAUUUUUGUCCUCAGCCAUCUCUUGAUCUCUCGAAAAUUGUAAUACACCUCGCUGGCGGCAAAUUUAAAGGUGAGGACAGGAGCUGAUGUGAUUGGAGAAAACAGGCCUCGGCUGUGUUAAACCCACUCCACGCUUUAUCGCCUUCCUCUCUACGACUUCCGGGAGGGGGGAUACUUACGCCGGGCUGCGCCGCUCACCAAAAUAUCAAAAUGUGCUUGGGCACACCUUAUCGGCACGGCAGACCUGACUUAUGCCACGCCUGCGGCACACCACCAGCGAGGCACGAAAAUAGAGCCCUUAGUUAUGAAUCUUGCUAUGUUCUGGUGUUUUUCUGUAUUUGCACCUAUUUGCACUGGUCUGCACAAAUUUGCACCCUUUCACCUAAAACAACACUAAGGCAACUAAUUUUUUGUUUCCCUGCCAAAUUAGUUUACUGUAUGGGUUAGUUGAAGUUUAGAAACUGAGAGACUACGGAUCCUCAAAAGAGGCUCAGUUUGUGAUGCUGUUGCACCUAAAUUUAAAAACACUACAGCAUAGUAUAAUCUUCUAAAAAAAAAAAAAAAAACAAUAAUUGAACACUUACAUUUAGUCUCAUAUCCUCUCUUUUUAGCAUUAUGGCCAAUCUCACCUGUUCAACUAUGCCAUGGACAUCCUAAACAUGGUCUUCACUGGGGUUUUCGCAGUAGAAAUGAUUCUGAAACUCAUUGCCUUUAAACCCAAGGUAAGCCUACUCUCUUCUUUUCCCUCCACCUUCUACCACCGUCUGUCAUGUCAAAACACCAUAGUUAAAUUUUGCUGUUAGUAUAUAGAGCACUUCCAAUAUGCCACUGUUGAAACAGUAUACCUUGAGCUACAAAGUACAAACUAAUGAGUGUUAUAUUCUUAUUUUCUAUGCUGCAUAAAUCUGAUAAUCAAUAUCAAGGAUUGAUUGACAACACUAAAGAGAAUUGAGUUGCUGGUUAUGACGCUAAUCUAACAAAGAUUCUUUUGGACAAUUUCCCAUCAGGUAGAGAUAAAGUGUCAUCUUACUUAGAUAUCCACAUAUCAAAAAUGUACAUGUAUAUAUGUUUUUUAAAUUAAAGAGUCAAUAUCCUCUGACUUUAUUCUAUGCAUUACUCCUCUUUCCUACCACUUCCUUUUUUUUUUGCUAUGUUUAACCCCUUUUUCAUCGUGUGUGUUUUUGUGUUACUUGUACUUGCAGAACUAUUUUGCUGAUGCAUGGAACACGUUUGAUGCCUUAAUUGUUGUGGGUAGCGUGGUUGAUAUUGCCAUCACUGAGAUCAAUGUAAGUAGUCAUGUAUUGCACUGAAGUUGCUCUCUUCCUGCUCUUCCAAACAAGAGGACUGCCACAGCUUGUUGUAUAUCGGAAUCAGAAUCAGCUUUGUUGGCCUAGUAAUUUUUGAGAUAUUGCGCAGGUGGAAAAAAGCUAUCCCAGAGAUUUGUUGAAUGUGGGAGCUAAAGGACAAAUCCUGAUCAAAUAAAACUCCCAGAUUUCGCACAGUGGGGCUGGAUGCCAGUCUGAUGCCAUCUAGCAUAGCUAUAUUAUGAGAGAAUGCCUCUCUAAGGUGUUUUGGACCGAGGACAAGAACUUCAGUUUUGUCAGAGUUGAGCAUCAGAAAGUUGUUGGUCAUCCAGGAUUUUAUAUCUUUGAGACAAGCUUCUAGUUUGGUAACUUGGUUUGUUUCUUCUUGCUUCAUGGAUAAGAAUAACUGGGUGUCAUCUGCAUAACAGUGGAAGUUAAUCAAGUACUUCCUCAUAAUUUUACCCAGAGGAAGCAUGUACAAGGUAAAGAGGAUCGGUCCAAGCACUGACCCUUGCGGGACUCCAUAGCAGACCUUGGUGUGCGCAGAGGAUUCAUUAUUAACAUGGACAAACUGGGAUUGAUCCGUUAGAUAAGAUUUAAACCAGGAAAGAGCGGAUCCUGCUAUGCCGAUAGAUUGUUCCAGUCUCUGAAGCAGGAUGCAGUGGUCGAUCAUGUCAAACGCAGCACUAAGAUCCAACGGGACAAGAACAGAGAGAAGACCACUGUCCGAAGCCAUGAGUAGGUCAUUUGUCACCUUCAGCAGAGCAGUCCCCGUGCUGUGAUGGGUUCUAAAUCCAGACCGGAAAUCCUCCAAUAAACCAUUGUUAUGAAGAAAAUCCCAAAGUUGAUUCACAACAACUUUCUCUAGGAGUUUAGAAAUAAAAGGAAGGUUGGAUAUUGGUCUAUAGUUAGCUAGGGUGCUUGAGUCAAGAGUAGGUUUUUUAAGGAGAGGUUUAAUCAUUGCAGUCUUAAAAGACUGGGGAACAUAUCCUGUUAAUAAAGACGUAUUGAUCAAGUUAAGCAAGGACGUACUGAUCAAAGGAAGAGUUUCCUUCAGCAGUUUAGAUGGAAGUGAUGUUACCUGCCUGUUUCCUGACCCUGGACUGCUCUAAGUCCCUGGAUGGAGGGCAGGUUGGCCCCUGUGAGGUUUUCUGCAGACCUGAUUGUACAUUGCCGUCGGUCCCUGUCCUGCUUGAUUCUGCAUUUCCAUGACAACAAGAGUUGCAUUACUUGUUGAUACUGUAUGUUGAUACUGUAUGUUUGAAAAAACCAUAAAUGACUGCAUAAAUAAAAAUGUGUUUUUGAAUAGGCUAUAAUAACUAAUAAUAUUUUCUCCUAUUUUCAAAUCACUCCCAUGUCCUUCAUUUUAGAACACAGAAGACAGUGCUCGCAUUUCAAUCACUUUCUUCCGCCUAUUCAGAGUGAUGCGUUUGGUAAAACUGCUCAGCAGAGGGGAUGGCAUCAGGACAUUGCUGUGGACCUUCAUCAAGUCAUUUCAGGUGAAAGUGAAAAAUUUGAAACAAAAAAACUGUUGAAAGUUAGAAGACAAACCUUGUAAAACAUGCUGCUGGAUAUUUAGCCUAUAAUCAAUCCCUCAACUUCUAAGUGGUUACACUAAGACUUUUUUUAAGUUAAUUUUUUGGGCAUUAUUUGCCUUUAAUGGACAGGACAGUGAAGACAGACAUGAAAAAAUGGGAGAGAGGAGGGAAAGUCAAGGCCAGGACUUAAGAACCGUGACCACUGUAGCCCCAGUUAGUGGCGCAAGCUAACCUACUAAGCUAUAUGUGUGCCACAUUAAAGGCCUGAAUUAGUAAAAAAUGUAAUAAGAUCCGAAAUGUAAUAAUUGGUCAAUAAUGUAGCAGACGCUGAACCCAAAACAUAGUAAUUUUUUGUCCAAAAUGUAGCAACUUAUUACAUUAUGAGUUUUGUUACAGUUUUUUAUUACAUGUUGGGCUUAACACUUUUGUUACAUAAUUGACCAAUUAUUAUAUUUCAGGCUUUAUUACAUGUUUUUAUUAUAACAUUUUGGCUCAUUGAUACAUGCCCUACACAAAAUAUAAACAAAACGCCUGAAAAGAGGCUGUUGCUGUAAUUGUUGUUUGACUGACAGCAGGGUGUUUCAGUAAAAGCUUUCCUUUUGUUUUUGCAUCCAGGCUCUCCCUUAUGUUGCCCUUCUGAUUGCCAUGCUGUUCUUCAUAUAUGCUGUAAUUGGAAUGCAGGUAACACUAAACAUGAUGAGAAGCUGCUGAGAUACCUCACUACUUAAGUUUUCUUCAGGUUAUGAUUUCACUUUGUAACCAGAGCAGCCAACAAGAGUCAACAUGUCACUAAGAAGCUCAGGCACAAACCAGUAUUUUAGAAUAAUACAUAUUCAUAAUAAUAGAAUAAAGAUAUUUUACUAUCUCUCGUACUAUUAUUAUGUCCCUCAUAAUACUGGCAGAAAAAUAUGCUUAAAUCAGGUCAUGUUAUCAGCUCACCAUAUCAGUUAUCCAGAAUCAGGGAUAAGAUUAAACACAACCAAAAAGUGUUCAACUCUAAUAAAAAUAUAGAAAGGUAGCCCACCUAUCAUCUGAAAAUGUGAUAAUUAAUAAUCCUGUUAGGUUAGAAAUUACACAUUUAGGAGAAGAAGUAAACUUCUACCUGACUUCAAUCAGCAUCAUCAGACCAACUUAAAAGAUGACUUUCUAGAAGGAGGGUGAGAUAUGGUGGCUGGUAAGCAAAUUAGCAAAUGUCGAGCCCUGUGUGUAACACUCCAUUUUUGCAGUCAUCACUUUAAGUUUUUUUUUUAUCCUGAGAAAGGAGGUUUAUUUAUUCAUCCAUUGUAAUUUUUUGACUUCUCAUAGGUGUUUGGGAAAAUAGCUAUGGUAGAUGGAACACGAAUAAACCGCAACAACAACUUUCAAACCUUCCCACAAGCAGUCCUUGUACUCUUCAGGUAUUUGUGUUGUUGAAUACAAAGUAAUCCAAUGCAAUUAAUGUUAAAAUCCCUAUUUCCAUUUCUGUAUUGACAAUUGUCCUUUUUUUAGGUGUGCCACAGGUGAGGCCUGGCAGGAGAUAAUGCUUGCCUGUCUGCCAGGGAAGCUGUGUGAUUCAGAGUCGGAUUACAACCCAGGGGAGGAGAGAACCUGUGGUAGUGGCUUUGCCAUUAUCUACUUUAUCAGCUUCUACAUGCUAUGUGCUUUCCUGGUAAUCUUCAGACAUUUAACUUUGUUCUGUGUCAGUAAUAUUUGGGCAUUGUAUGGAAACUGCAAAAACAUGUCAUAUAUCUUUGUUUCAGAUCAUCAACUUAUUUGUAGCUGUCAUCAUGGAUAACUUUGAUUACCUGACCCGUGAUUGGUCCAUUCUUGGACCACAUCACCUCGAUGAGUUCAAAAGGAUCUGGUCUGAAUAUGACCCAGAAGCCAAGUGAGUAUUUAGAAUCCAAUUUGGAUAAAAUUUUGAACCCUGUACCAAGUACAGCCUACUACUGCUAUACUUCUAAAGCUAAGUAUAGCCUACUAGAGUCUACUGGUCAAACUGCUCAAAGGUGAAGAGUAAAUAUAGCUAUUUGCCCACUAGAGGACCUGAAGGAAUUUCUUGGUGUAAGAUUUCCCAGCUAAUCUGUAUUGCACUUGAACAGAUCUCUGUUUACAUCCCAAGCAGCAACCUCCAACCUUAAGAAAAAAAGCUGUGGUGGAAGUGCAAAAAAAUGUGCGCCCGCUUGAGUGACAUGACCGUUUUAAAGUUAUCAAGGUUGAAAGAUAACUGAAUCAAAGGCACGGCUGACUUGACUGAUGAGCAGGCACACUGUACACACUAAAAACAACCCAACUUGGUUUAUUUUUAUCCCAGCUCCAAGGUUAAAAAGGGGACAACUACUUGUUGGAUUAUUUUAACCUAGAAAGUUGGGUAAUUCAAAUUAACCCAAAUUUUGGGUUGAAUCAGUAAUCCAUUUUAAGGGUCAGAUAAACCCAAUCUUCAAGGUGAUUUUAUGCAUUAAAUUUUUUUUAUUCAACCUGGACCCUAUUUUCCCAUCUACUUUUAUACAAAUGAGUGGUGGGAUUUUCAAGUUAUGCAAUUGCUAAAGAACUCCGUCACCCUAUGCAGUGUUUCAGUUCACUCUCCCCCUGGACUGCAAUGGCAGUCUCUCUGUCCCUCUGCAUCUGCUUCUUAACACAGGGUGUCCCAGGUGGCCAUUUUAACUAGAAAACUGAGCCCUCAAGAUAACAGAAGUUAAUAUGGGUAUUACAAUAAGGUCUCAGCACAGAAUGCACCUGUGGUACAGAUGGAUGGGUUCGAACCCAUGGGUCUUGGCCUGUCACAGCUGAAGAGUCAAUGUGGGAGCCCCUUCCCAUGGGCUCACCAUCUGAAGGAGGGGCCAAAGGGGUGCAAUGUUAGUAGGGUGGGUGCCAAAGGAGAGGACCUUGGCUGUAGAAGCAAGCUUUGGGGACGUGGAAUGUCACUUCUGGUGGAGAAGGCGCCUUUGCUGAUGUGCUAGGUGGAGAGGUUCUAGCUAGAUGACUUGCCUCAAUGCAUAGUGGGCUCUGAAACCAGGCCUCUUGAGAGGGGUUGGUCACUUUCCCACUCUAGAUUUGCUGCUGGUGAGAGGCGCUAGGCAGGGGUGGUGAUACUUAUUGCUCCCAGCUUAAGGCCUUUAUGUUGGUGUUAACGCCUCACUGGUGAGGUGUCUGAGGCACGUCCCACCAGCAGGAGACAAUAGGGAAGCCCCAGGACACGGUAGAGAGACUAUGGGCUCUAUUUCUGUGCCCGCCAGCAGCCCAGCGGAGGGUGGUCCACCCCGCACAGUGGUAUUUUCAUCUGGCGGAGCCUGCAUACGGAUAUUAUAAUAUCCGUAUGUAGGCUUAGAGUACAUAAAGAUAUUUUAAUAUUCAGCUGCAUGAGCCAAAUUUAUUUCAUAUCCCAACAUCAAUGAAAGAAAGAGCCAGGCCACGGAGCACAAUGGUUCAGAUUUUAAUGCCAUUAUUGAAGUUUUUGUUGUGAUCUGUGCAUACAACCUUCCUUUGUCACGUGAGGUUUAAAUAUAUGCAACUUCAUGUGAGUGUCUUUGGUAAAGGGUGUUUGUCUUACCAGUGGGUCCAACAUUACACACACCAAAUCCAUCUGUGCUUAUAUGAGACAGUGUGGAGGACGCCCUCUGCAGCGCUUACAGCGACACUUGUUGAGGAGCUGCCUUCUGUCGCCAUUGUAUGGCAUUGCUGUCUUCACCCAUCUCUUGAUCUCUUUGACUACUGAACAAAAAUUGAAAUACGCCUCGCCGGUGGCGGAUUUAAAGGUGAGGACAGGAGCUGAUCUGAUUGGCGAAAACAGGUCUCAGCUGUGUUAAACCCACUCCAAGCCCUCUCUAUGACUUAUGCCGCUGGGAGGAGCUGAGUUAGGGACGGGGGAUACUUACGCUGGGCUUCGCCACUCACCACAAUACCAAGAUGUGCUUAGGCAUGCCUUGUCGGUGCAGCGGACCUGAGUUACACUGCGCCUUCGCCAGUGAGAAACGAAAGUAGAGCCCAUUAUUUUCUGUCUCAAUGCCCAUCUCUGAAUUACCCUAAGAGGAUCUAGCAAGGACAUGAGUGGCUGUAAAGACUGUGCUCAGGGCAUAAUUCCAACAAAGCAUAUUUAAUUUUUAUUUUUUUGACAGAGGCAGGAUAAAGCACCUUGAUGUGGUAAGUUUGCUGAGGAGGAUCCAACCUCCAUUGGGAUUUGGCAAGCUCUGCCCUCAAAGGGUGAUCUGUAAGGUGGGUUUUUUACAGCUUAUUGACACACACAAAAAGGUUCACGGUCACUGUUUUGUGAAGUGUUGAUUUUAUUUUUUUAUUUUUUUAAAUAUGUUGCAGCGGCUUGUGGCUAUGAACAUGCCCCUGAACAGUGAUGGGACAGUCAUGUUUAAUGCCACUUUGUUUGCUCUGGUUCGUACUGCUCUAAAGAUAAAAACAGAGGGUGAGUGUGCUCUAAAAACUAAUCAAGCAUUUGCAAAAGUAUUGGUUACAUUAUGAUAGAUUUCUCUGUUUGGCUGUGAUUCUUUUGAAAUGAAGAACUCACAGGGAUUUAAUUCUUGUUUUAAAUUGGACCCCCCCACCCAACCCCAAUGUAACAAUGUAGGUACAAGUUAGUAAUUGGGUCAGGAUGCUUGAAUGUACUUUAGUUGAAAAGAAAGAUUCUAAUGGAGUUGCAGGUUACAUAUUGGAAUUUACAUUGACAUUUUUAUUUAAAGAUGUUGCUGAAAAUUUCUGAAUGUCUCUGUCAAUAUGUGUGAGACUGGGUAGACUUGUUUCUAAUUAAAGAAAUCUUUUGUGUUAUUUCCAAGGUAACCUGGAGCAAGCAAAUGAAGAGCUUAGAGCUGUAAUAAAGAAGAUCUGGAAGAGGACCAACAUGAAGCUGCUUGACCAAGUAGUGCCCCAGGCAGGCGGUCAGUGGGUUUUUAACAUUCAAAUUCCAAGGGGGAACUCUUCGUUAGGAAGUGCUCAGGGGCUUUCAGAAUGGCAAAGGUUUCCUGUUUAACAUCAGCGGGGACACUUUUUACAGUUACAAUUUUUUCCCUAUUAAGGUAUCCACAGUGACCUAUACACUUAAGUUGAUUCAUUUUGUUGUCUGACAGCAAAAGGUUCCUGGUUUGCAUACUUGCUGGGGCCAAGCAGGUGUGUGUCACCAAGUGACUGUGAGAGUUCCCUCCAGUUACAUCAGUUUCCUUUCUCACAUGAAAGAUGCUUUGCGGUAUUUUUCUGCAAUAUAGAAGAGAAUCUUCUGACCAAACACAUUUGUUCUUAAGACGUAGGUCCUAUAUUCACCUGUUUUGGCUGAUUCAAGUGAAAACACCAAUGGAUUACACUGACCAUCCUUACACUUAGCAGAAGGGGUAGUUUUCCCUAUGCAGAAUCUUGACUAAAGGUCUGGGCUAGCUUGUAGUUUUGGAUCAUGUCCUAUAUCCUGUGGCCCACAGUGAGCAAAUGCCGUCCACUAUUCUUCACAUGCACAGCCAUAUGUAAAGCCUUUCUGUGAGAACAUGUUUAAGGAUAUCUGACAAGCAGCCAAGCUCCUGAGGUGAUACAUUUUUUUUCAAAUAUUAUAAUAAGAACUGAGAUCAAAACACAAAUAUCCAUACACACACACACCCAUUCACACUAAGUAUAUUUGCACCAAAUGACAUAAAUAUAUUUCUACAAACAUACAGACAAAUACACACAAAUACACACACUACUAUAUACAGUUGAAACCAGAAGUUUUCAUACACUAUAUAAAAAGGCACAUAACCUUUUUUUUUCCUCACUGUCUAACAUUGAAUCAGAUUAAACUUUUCCUGUUUUUGGUGAACUAGGAUUACCAAAGUUAUUUUUAUAUGCUAAAUGCCAAAAUAAUGAGGGGAUUAUGAGAGAAUUUUUUAGACAAUUUUUAUUAUUUUCUCAAAAGUCAAACGUUUACAUACAUUUAAUUACUAUUUGGUAGCUGCCUUUUAAUUGUAUGACUUGGGUCAAAUGCUUUGGAUUUGCUUCCACAAGCUUCUCACAAUAGUUUGCAGGAAUUUUGGCCCAUUUCUCCUGACAGGACUGGGCCCUCAUUUAUCAAUCUUGCGCAGAUCUGAGCGUAGGAUUCAUUGUACAAUAGGACACACGUGAGAUUUAUGAAAGGGUUCGUAUCUGACCAAUCCCAGCGUACGUUUGAUCGGGUCUAAAUGCGGCGGCUGAAAUCGAUCAUCAUUAACAUGUUUACGCCUUUAAAUAUAAUAUAUUUAUUUUAUUUUAUUUAUGUCUUAAUCUUUAGUGAAAUCUGUCUGAUUGUGCUUAAUGACAGGUUUGAGGUUUGUUUAUCAAUUAUUUUGAGACAAAUAUUUGCUGCACCGCAGAUCCACACUGACUUCAAACUUGCGUACACGAUGUCAGAUCUGUCGUGAGAUUUGGUCGUAGCGUACCCUCACAUGCAGAUUGAUAAAUGCCGAUCCUCACGUCAAAAUUUUGGUACGCAAGGUGUACGCAAGUUUUCUGCCGUACGCAAGCUUGAUAAAUGAAGGCCAUUGUCUUGCUGCAAAACAAACUUGUAACCCACAAGUCUGAGUCCAGGUGGAACAGCAUGGUGCUGGAGGAUGGAGUGGUACUGUUCCUUCUUCAUGGUACUCAUGGUAACAAAUCUCCUACUCCAUCACCUGCAAAACAUCCCCAUACCAUGUAACUACCACCUCCAUGCUGAAUUGUGGGUGUAACACAUGGUGCUUUCAGACGUUCACCAGUUUGUCUGCGGACAUUGACCCCCUGGAGUAAAUACAUCCCAAAAUACAUAAAACUCAUGCUGGAUUUAAAAAAAAGCAUUGUGAACAAAAACUUGAAGUUACUCCCAACUGUUCAGCCUGUAAUGGCCUUGCUUCCAAACUUUUCGCCUGUAGUGUAUAUAAUAAACACACACACUACCAUUGUUAAGUAGUUUUAAAGUCCAGCACAGUCUUAAAAUAUGUGAGGUAUGCUCCAAUGGGGAGAGUGAAGUAUACUGGUAUUCUCGCAUCAGACUUUACCUUGAAUGUGUGUCAAUGGUUGUUUCUGUUUUUCUUAAAGAAGAGGAUUAAGAUUUAGAUUAAGAUUUCUGUUUUCAAAAAUAUUGGAUGGAUCCAGAAACAGUGCUGAGGUAUGUGAUGUUUAUUUUGGAUGCUUUGGUGUGUCUGGUCUGUUCACUUAGAUGACGAAGUAACCGUGGGGAAGUUUUACGCCACUUUCCUGAUACAGGACUACUUCAGGAAAUUCAAGAAGCGCAAAGAGCAAGGUCUUGUCGGAAGACAUUCAUGGGAGAGGCGGAACAGUACCAUGGCAUUACAGGUCAGUAAAGUACAAUGUAACAUGCUUGUGCACAUAGGUUCACUCCAUUGAAUUUGUCAAUCUCACUAUACUGGAAGACUCACUUUGUCUGCUCACUGUAAUGUCUUCGUUUUGUCUGAUACCUCUCACUGGUCCUCACUUAUAUUUGUAAUCCAUGCACACGGAUUGUUACCCAUAUUACUUGAAGGGACUAUAGAUGGAAAUUGGACUUUAGCUAUAAUCUUGCAUAUUUACAUGUAUAUUUUCAUUAAUUAGUAUUGUCCCUGUUAUAAAUAAAAUAAAUCCUAAAUCCUACUCACAGAUUUGCAUGUAAUUAAAUCUUCCCAGAAUGUGCAAUGUGAGGCUCACUUCUCUUUGGUAUAGCCCAUGCCAAAGAAAGGUUGGGGUUGGAUUUUAAAGGACAUAACAACUGCCGUGAUGUAGCAUCUACUCGCAAUGCUCAGGCAUACGAUGCAGCAGGGUGGUAGUGUGAAUGUUGGCUUUCCCUGACAGCCAUGGUGGUGUGGAGCUUUCACGAUAAGUCACACCAGGGAGUUCUUUGGAAAGUUUUAGCAUAACACCCCUUGGAAACACUGUGGUAUAGUUAUCACCAAGUUGUAGCAGGUAGCAGUGUCAUGAGACCAUGGUAUACCACAGCCUUCCCUAUCACACUGAGGUCUGCUGGUUGAAUCAAAGGUCAAUGCCCAACUGCUUCAAAUGUUCAAUUUGACAUAGGAUUGUCCCAUUUAUGGAGGAGAAAGGAAAGCUGGUGACUGACUUUAAUGACAGUUCUAUGGAUGUGCUGUCAAGUCUCAUAUACCUUUUUAAAGUCCAUUUACAAAUUUAUGUUUUUCAUUCAAUGGGAGAAGGAUAAAGUCAAAUAUAAACUGAUCAAACUGUAGUGUGGCCCACUAUGGAAGGAUAAAUUAAGAAUAAGAAGAACUAUAUUGAUCUCCGAAGGAAAAUUCAAUUGCCUGUCGUCUCAUUUGUCAUGUCUCAAAAAGUCAUCUACAAUCUAUCAAGUUGUAAAGUCUGAUGGCUGUGGGUACAAAAGAUCUUUUGAAUCUUUCUGUCCUGCAGCGAAGAGAGAGGAGCCGUCCACCACCAUUGGAUUUUGGGUCCAUCAAGGUGUUAUGAAGUGGAUGGUCAAUGUUCUAGAAUUUUCACAUCUGUUUCACAAACAAUCAUUUUAGAAAUACCUGACAUAGAAAUAACUAUAGAUGACAGUAUUCACACCUAGGAUACUCUGUAUGUUUGAAACAACAUAUUUGUUGGUGUUGAACAAGUUUAAACUGUGCAGUUGGCUGACAUACACAACAUUUAAUGACAUGUUAAAAAUGUACCUGCUCAGAAAAUAACCUGAUGUCAACAGGACAGUAAAAGACAGAAGUUUCUAGUGCUGACUAUACAAGGGAAGAUUUAGAUGUUCUUUACCAAAGCUUGAAGGUGAGCCUUGCUGACAAUGGAGAGAAAGAACUCCAAAAUACAUGACCGUCUGCCUUGUUGUGUAAAUGAUUAAAAUCAUGCUAAAUGUUUUUAAUCUGUAAUAUGUGUGAUAAGUCUUCAGAAUCAAAUUCAGAAUACUUUUUAUUGACAACGCUGAAAACCAGAGGACAGGAUAUAUCCAAUCACUUUGACUACUAUCUAAGAGAUUUAAUGUAUAGUUGCUCACUUUUCUUUUAACCAGACAGAGAUAUGGCUGUAGAUAAAGAGGCCUAUAAAGAAGGUAACGCUGAUAUUACCAUUUCUCUAUUUGCAGGCUGGCCUACGCACACUGCAUGAUAUUGGACCAGAGAUCCGUCGAGCCAUAUCAUGUGACCUGCAAGAGGAGGGGCUAGUAGAUGCAAAUGUUGAGGAAGAGGAGGAAAUAUAUAGGGUAAAUUUUAAGAUAGACAUAAACAUUCUCCUUAAAUUGUAGCCAGAAUGAUCCCCAGCUCCUGCAGUCUGCAUGCCAAAGUGUCCUUGAGGUCGACGCUGAUCAGAGUGGCAUAGGCACCCUGUUUUAUUUAUUGUAAAUGACUGUUAAGCAUAUAUUAGACCAGAGUUUAAAGCGUAUUGUGACAAUCCAUGAGUGAUUGUUUCAUUAAAGGGUAAUUUUAGCCUAUUUGAUGGUGGGUGAUGGCAAAAAAAUGGUUGGGGAUCACUGCUUUGAAUGAUUUACCAUAGUCUUUAUUGGGGAAUGAUAAAAUAGUCAUUUCUCAUGAGAGCUGCCUUUUUACCUUCAUAAAAGCACUUUAAACAACUGUUGGUUGUACUAACUUUGUUGUUUUGUCACAGUUCUAAUUGGUUAUAAUUCCUUUCUCCGCAGCAAAAUGGCAGACUUUUUGGGAACCUCGUAAGCACUGUCAAUGUGGAUCAUCAAGGCUACUUCAUCCCGACCACUGUCACACAACGCCCCCUACAAAUUUUACCUUUUUCCACCAGUGCCUCAGUCAAUCCAAUCUCAGCAGACAGGGAAGCCAGCAUAAAUGAUAGAGAAGAUACAGAGAUUAACUUUCCAUCAGCCCAUCACAACUGUCAUUACACCCCUCAUCCCAACUGUAAUCAUCACUGAAUUUCCUUUUGCUAUCAAUCACCAAUACCCUCUUAUACAAAGCUCAACAAUUCAAAUUUGCCUCACUCCUCUCCAUAGCCAAUGAAAAGCAGCAGAGGUGUUUGUUUGGGCAACGCCGCCUGGCUUCAGCUCAAAAUGGAACGUCGGUGUUCACCAUCAACAAGGGAGUACAAGACAAUCCUUGGAAGUCCAACUCCACAAAGUAAGUUACCUGAAACCUAAAAAGAUCCUAAAAUAUUGUAAAAGAAUCAGUUGUUUCUGUGUAGCAGUGUACCAUUGAUGAGACAGAGAUUGUUGUAAUUGAUGUUAUAAUGUAAUGCUUUGGCAAUAUUGUUCAAACAGUCAUGCCAAUAAAGACUAUUGAAUUUGAAAAUUGAGAGACACAGAGACAUAGAUAUAGAAAUAUUUUUUUUACAAUUCAGGUUUAUUAAGCUUUUGGCCACUAAUGUAACUGCUUAGACUCAUGCAGGGAUAGAGUAACAUAGUCUUUUUGCUCACUUCUUCCAAACUAAAUAAGAUGUUGUGAUUUUUACCACAAUAUAUUCAAAUUUUCAUCUUCUUUUGCAUUUGUUAAUGUCAGUGUCAUGAAACUUAGUAUUGUGAAUAUCUGAAAAAUUCCCCUUUAAAAAAGACAAAAAUCUGCACUGACAGUUUUGAGAUCUUUAUAUUCACAAGUAAGAAGGUUCACAGCAUGUUUGUGAUGUGCCAACCACUGUAGCACAUUGCGAAAUCAAUCUCUUUGGGUUAUUCGUUUAUGCGCGUACUCAGAGUAGGCCUCACUGAAGUGUAUUCUACUUAGAUGGGCCCUGUCCUACCUAGUAGGAGCACAGUCAGACAGGCUUGUUUGCAAAUGUGAAGAAAGAGAGCUGUUACAUAUAAUGACAAAUGAUGGAGAUAAAGUGAACUUGAAGAGAGCUUUAAAAUGACACCUGAAUCAGCUCUCUAGGUGCCAUACUUCCAGAGUUAUGAAUACUUUUGUAACGCGUCAUGCUAAUUAGCCAAAAAUUCAUUAGCCCCUAUCUCACUAAUUAGAUGGCUUUGAACAAAAAUAUUUGAGCUCUGACAGUUUCUCCUGAAGGCCAAUCACUCCACCAAAUUUCAUCAAAAUCUGUGACGUAAGUGGAGAUUCUUGGUUGAAUUGGCAUGGAAUGACCCAUUAGUGAAUGGAUAGAGGUCUGCAAUCACAAUACAUUUGUACCUGCACAUUUAACAACCAGAAGUGAAGCGUUGUUGUCCUCGUGUGUGUGUUCUCACAUUGCUUUAUGUUGUUGUAGAAGUGCAAGAGGCACUGCUUAACUACACACAGCAGGGGUGCCACAUAUACACACAUGCAUCUACACGUAUACAUGAUGCUGCUCUGCAAGCUGCCAUGCAUUGUCUCUGUCCUCCCUUAUUACACCUUUGUUACUGGCUCAAAGUGAGAAUAAGAGGUGAUUUGCACCACCAUCAGACCUAACCCUAACACAUCUAGACAAAAUAUAUUCAGGGUGUAAAUAUCCCACCCUUGCAGUAUGUACAAGCUGUUUCUCAUUAGAUGGACUGUUUGUCUGUCUUCUACCAAACUUCAGGAAGGGCAGAAAACUUGUUUGUUUCAAUUUGUAUUUUGUAUGUUUUAUUAAUUACUGUCCUGUAGUUUAAACCCAAAGAAAGGUUUCACCUGUUUUUUCCUCAUGGUGAAAGCAUUUGUUUAAAAAACUGUUGAAUAAACAAUUUUACAUCAAUAGGUUUUUUCAAACUAAUGGUUAUCAUCAAACUUGUUUUUAAUAUAAACAGGUUACUAUAAUUGCUUAAUAAUCCCCAACAUUGAAAAAGCAGUUGUUUCUGCAACACAGUGUUAUUUAAUGUAUGCCAUGAUGCAACACAGAUAUAUAUAUUAUUUGAUCUAUAUCUGGCUUUCUAAAAGACAUUAAUGGGCUUUUUGAAGUCAGCUAGGACCUGAGUAGGGGUGUCCAGGGAGUUGAUUGAAGUGUAUUCACUCUGGGCCUUUUAUUUACAUCACCGAAAAUCUGAAAAGUGUGCCUUAUAUUUACUCUGCAACAUUUGACAGAUUCUUUUUUCUAUAAAGGGAUGCCAGGUCAGGAAGUGGAUGUGGACUCUUUCCAAUAGCAUCCAACAUUGAUUCCAGGUUUAGAGAUAGUGAUGAAGACCAAGGAUCUGCAGAUUACUAUAGUGGGGAGGACUUUCAGGAAGACAACAUCAAGCUAACAGGCGAUAGGUGCCAUUCAAUAUUUCUAUAAUCAAUAUGUUUACAAAGAUUACAACAACUUUGAUCAAUUUCAUCUCUAGCUAGAAUGCCUCAGUCUGUAUCUGUAAAAGCCUUUGUAGAGAUGUAAUGCAUGUAUCAUUCUGUUUUAUUGAUUGUCUAGCAAGGACCACCAUAAUACAGACAGAAACUCAGACUUUGAGGUUUGUGGUGGCAACCAUCUGCCAGAUGACACUUAUGAUGACGAUGACAAGCAACCAUUUUGCUAUGAUAGCAGACGCCUUUCAAGGAAAUGGUUUUUACCCUCACCUCAAGGUACUGCGCCCCAACUUAACAACUACCGGUUACAUAAAAUUACAUAAAUUACAUAAUUUCUGAAUAAUAUCCGGAGUGAUACUCAGCAUAAAAUUGCAAAUAAUUAAGUGAUUUUGUCAUCUUAAGUACAUAAAAUUAUCAAUUACCGGUUAUUUUGACUGCCACUAAGAGUAAUGAAAGACAACAACACAUUUCAGCUUCGAGUCAUUUUGAAAUUAGACAUAUACCUCAUGUGAAGAACCCACCUGUAACAGCAUUUAUCACUGUACUACACUCACCAUUGCAUUACUGCCAUAACAGUCUUGUACAUAUAAGUUCAAGUCUUGUACAAGCUUGUACAUUUCUUGUAAUUUUUGAUGUUUUUCAUUUAAAAUGUUUAAUGUUUGUACAUAAAGAGUAAAGCUCAAUAGAGCAAAUUCCUUGUAUGCGUAUACAUACUUGGCCAGUAAAGCUGAUUCUGUUUAUGAAAUUUUUCACAAGCUUUAUGUUGGUGAUUAUUUCUGGUUUUGUGGAUUCUUUCAGGCACCAACAGACCAAAAUUCAGUUUUGAGUGUCUUCGCAGAAAAAGCAGUCAGGAGGAGACUCCUCUUUCUCCAUCCUGUACAGCCCUUUCACUACAAAUGGCACAACAACAGCAGGUACAAACACACCAUGCUCUAUUCAUGAAAAACAUGAUAAAGUAGUAUACAGAGAUAUCAUUUAAUGCAACCAUACAGUGGUAGGAACAUGAGAUUGAUUUCUAUGUUUACUCCUGCCUGUGCUGAUCUUUGUGUAUUAACACCAAACUCUAAUCCCAGGUAACGGCUGUGAUUGGUUUCAAUGCCAAGAAUAUUUCCCACCUGUCUCCUGCUCGGUCACAGCAUUCAAGGGCCUCACCCCCUGUUUCACCCAUGGGUUCUGAUUACUUACACAGCUACACACCUCUUGUACAGGUCUGGUUCACAGAAAAUUUAAACCACAGAUUAUCUGAGAUUUCACGAAGAUGUUAUUUUCAUUGCAUAUUGCACAAACCAUUAAAUGUUUUCUCUUUUCAUAAAAAUUGAUGGACUGUGACAGUCUUUAAUUUAGAGACAAUUUAGAGAAUAUAGUAUUUAUGACAUAUUUUAAUAGGGAAAUCAUGCUAGGCUAUUACUUAAGUGGUGCCAUGAACUUAGUUGAGCAACAGACAUAAAAUGCACCAGAAACUUGAUAAAAAAUACUAUACAGAGAAAAAAUGUUGAUUGGAUAACUACUACAAAAGUAACCAGUGUUGCAUUAUAUGUGUGUAUAACAUACAAGCCCCAUUUCCAAAGAUCUCGGACAUUAAGUAAAAGUUGUAUAAAAACAGAUUUUAAUGCUUUGCCUAUCCUUCAACCCUGAUAGUUAGUCAAAAUUACUACAACAUAUCAGAUGUAUUGUUUCAUUUUCAAAAAAUGUAUGCUCAUCUUAGAUUUAAUACCAGCUACAUGUUUUAAAAAAUGUGAUAGGGAGAACAAAACAAAAGUUGUAUUGUGUUGGACAAUAUAACUGAAAACUAGUUAAAUGACUGGUACAUAAAGGGCAUUCCAAAGAGGCCAUUUUCACACCACCGGGCACAGCCAGUGUUAUGUGUCUUGCUAAAGGACAUUUUGGCAUUCAGACUGCUGGACCAGGGAUUAAACAGUGACCCUUUAGUUGGGAGACAACUGAUUUAACCACUGAGUCACAGGUGUUUCUUGUUUAGUUUGUGGUUCAACAAUUUCUGAAUAAUAUCCAAAGAAAAUUGCAAAGAAUUUAGUGAUUUUGUCAUCUUAAGUAUAUAAAAUUAUCAAAGGUUUUCGGAGAACCCAGAGAAAUAUCUGUACAAAAGGGACAAGGCCAAAAUCGAGUUAUGGAUUGUUUUGAUCUUUUGGCCCACAGGUGGUAGAAGAAUGAAAACAGACAUAAAGCUGUUCUUGAAAUCACUGCAUGGGCUUAAAAUCCCUUCCAAAAACCAUUAUCUUUAAACAUAUUUUUGCACCUCCACCAAUGUGGGUUGAAACUGUACAAAGCAAAGAGAAAACCAUAAAUAGAUUCUAAAACCCAAGUGACUCUGGGCUCAGGCCAAUCUACACUCUAAGAACUUUUGGGUUUUUUCUUCAACCCAAUUCCUAGGUUAUACGUGUUGAGUUAAAUUUCUGGGUUAUUUUUCAGAUCCAUACCCAUCAUAUAUAUAUAUAUACAUACACACACACACACACACACACACACACACACACACACACACACAUAUAGUAUAUAUAUAUAUAUAUAUAUAUAUAUAUAUAUAUAGUUAAGGCCCAAAUUAUUAGCCCCCCUAUAAAAUUUUAAGUUUUUUUCCCCAAAUUUCUUAACUGCUGUUCAACAGAUUAAUGUUUUUUUUGCACAGCUACUCCAAACAUCCUAGUUUUAUUUUUAUCAUCAAGUAUCAUCAAGAAAUUCAAGGAGAGCCACACAGUACAGAACAAGUCUGGGAGAGGUAGGAAACAAAAAAUUUCACUGAAACUGGAAAUAAAACUAGUGAAACAUGUGUCUAAACAACCUAGAACAAUGACCAAAACAGUAGUUGCUGACUUAGCGGAGUCAGGAAUUGUGGGGUCAAACAAGACAGUUUCUAGAGCCCUGAACAGAAAUGGACUGCGAGGAUGCAGGCUAAGAAAAGCUCCACCUUUACAAAAAAAAGACACCUUCAAGCCAGACUGAGGUAUGCUAAGGACGAUCUGGAGAAAGAUUGUGCAUACAGGAGAUGUGUUCUUUGCUCAGAUGAGACCAAACUAGAGCUCUUUGGCCACAGAGACAUUGCUUGUGUUUGGAAAAAGAAGGGAGAGGCGUAUAACCCCAAGAACACUGUCCCAACAGUUAAACACGGUGGUGGGAGUAUCAUGCUGUGGGGAUGUUUCAGUGAAUCUUGUCAAGGUUGAAGGAAUAAUGAAGAAAGAAGGAUAUGUGAAGAUUUUGUAAGAAAAUCUCAAGCAGUCAGCAGCAAAACUGGGUCUGGGGGUCGUCGCUUUGUCUUCCAACAUGACAACGCCCAAAAACAUACAACGCUCCUGGUGAGGAGCUGCCUCCAGGAAACCAAAGUGAACGUUAUUGACUGGCCUGCACAAAGCCCUGACUUAAAUCCUAUUGAAAAUCUGUGGGCAAUUAUUAAAUUCCAAAUUAGCAUAUAUUUUUAACAAAAAAGGAAAAAUUAAGUCAGUAUAUUGUGUCUGUAUUAUAUUCAGUUAAAUACAGCAUCUUAAUGAUUUGCAAACCCCUUAAAUUGAGUUUUCCUUUAUAUUUUUUUCAAUGUCCUGACUUUUGUGAUAUAAAUUACCUACACCAUCAAAACCACAGCAGUUAAUACUGUUCCUCUCUAUAACAUUCAAUUAAGAGGGAGCGCAGACAGAGUAAGUGUCUGUUGCAGAGUAUGAGAAUGAAUUUUGAGCAAAAACAGACAAUUUACUAAGUAAAGGGUUUAAUAUGUGGUGUACUGUGGUGCUUUUAUUUGGCAAUUUUUAAUUUCCAACCAAUCUAAUUAUAAUAUUUUUAAGAUUAAGCAUCUGAUCAGUUUCUUGUGGAAAUGCAGAGAGUUUAAAAUCAUAUGACAUGUAUGUUUAUGCAUAUAUGGUCUUAGAUGGACUGGGGCAGUGAAGGCAUUGGUGACAACAUCCCAGGGACAGCAAGGAGGAGUUUGUGGUAUACAGAUAGCCAAAGAGGCCCUCCCACCAGCAACAACUCUUCCUCACAUCUGCAGCUACCUGCAAAGGACUACUACAUGCACUGCCUGAAGAAGAGAGGCAGCGCUGACAGUCUGGUGGAAGCUGUGAGUAAAUAACUGUUUUUAUACCCACAAAAUGUCAAAAAAGGCCCGUAGAGUCAGCUCACAUUGAGAUUCAAUUGAUAUGUUUUGAUUCCUAAAUACCCUAUUUCGAUUUGGAUUUGUUGAGGGGGAAAAGUAUUUGGAUGUGGAUUUGGAUUUGAUUGAAAUUCAAAAUAGGCGUGAAAAUUCAUUAUUUUUGGCGUUGCAAUUCUAAGUUACAUUAUGUAAGUGUAAGUCUUCUUUAAUUAUCAAUUAUAAUAAUUAUGGAUAUUCAAUAUUGGUGCAAUGAACAUGUAACAAGGAACAUCGUUGAAAAGAAAAUAACAUAACAGCCAUUACCUCAUCCAUGGUUAAACCAACAACUAGUAAAAUACCAUUGUGAACAUUAUGAACCCCACCACCACCCGUCCUUGUUUAAGGACGUUGAACAGACAGAAUAAAAACAAAUAAUACUUAAAAGCACUGUUCUUUCUAAUGCACAGAAUGCCAAGAACUAAACUUUAUCAACCCCUGACAGGGAGAUCUGGCGGAACAAAAGUUUGUUCUGUCAGACCUUUUUAACUGAAUAUUAACGUUACACUGUUGACAGCCUAUUGUCUAAAUUACUGAGCUAACAAAGCUAAGUUAACUGAGCGAACAUGAGAGCACCCGACUGCAGACGUCAACACUAAUGCAGUGUGAUGGAAUAAUCUCCCAGUCAAACUCUGCUUCCAGAAAGUUAUUAACUACUUCCAGAACCCAGCUAAGGUACAAAAAUCGAUUUAACGAAAUAGUGAUGCAGUUAAGUCUUUUUUCGCUCAGCCGAGCCUUCUCUGUUGCUGUGUUGCGCAGGUGUUAAAAGUAUUCACAUUUAUUACUUAAAUAAAAGUAAAGAUAUCAACUCAAGCUUUUUACUCAAGUAAAAGUGUAAAAAUACUGGUUUCAAAACUUCUUAAAUUACAAAAGUAAAAGGAAUGUAGGCCACGGCCUAGGCUUCUGUUCUUAAUGGCAUUUUUUCACCCUUAUAUUACUUAGUGCACUACUCACCUCCCCCAAAAAACAUGAUUCUAAAGGCCAUAAUGACGAUAAUGUCAUAUAUAUAUAUAUAUAUAUAUAUAUAUAUAUAUAUAUAUAUAUAUUGUAAUUGCAUUAGCAUUUUUUCUGUCAAAUGUUUAAGUUUCUCUGUUGCUUAUAAGACAAGGACUGACUGUUUCAUCACUAAAUUUAUUUGGAGACACAUUGUUUUGUUUACAAAAACAUAACUGCUGAGAGCUUCUGGCUUUAAAACAACCAGCAAUGCCCAAAAUAAGACGUUUUUUUUUCUUUUUCUUGAUAACAGAAGUCAUAAAGAUAUCUUUCAUAUAUAACAGGCUGAUACCUUGCACUUUUAUUAAACAAACCAAAUAGUUUGCUGUUACCUUAUUUACACGACAGCAUCUAAUUUCUGUCACUACAUGGUCGCGUGUUUAAAUUGCUCUAUAAAGUGCGCAUGGUGGAGUUUCGCCCCAAUGCACACAUAAACACACACACACAGACACUCUCACCAGCAGAGGUCUGUUUGUGUGGUUGUGCCUGACAGACGCACACAAUGUUGACAUUACCAUGAGUGUUUCACUUGUUUUUGUUCUCAGGUGUUGAUCUCCGAGGGUCUGGGGAUAUAUGCCAGGGACCCCAACUUUGUUUCAGCAACCAAACAUGAAAUUGCAGAUGCCUGUGAGAUGACCAUUGAUGAGAUGGAUAGCACCGCCAGUAAUUUGCUAAACCGAAAUAUUGGAAAUGGCAACAAUGGAAAAUCAGGAAAUUUCACCUCAGGCACACAUGCUACCCCACAUCUGACAGAUCUUAAUGUUAGAGAGUACAGUGACGAAGAGCGGUGCACAGCUGUUAAAUGUGAGGAGGACCUAACAGAUGAGAUGAUAUAUGUUACAUCACUAUAAUAUCAGCAAACAUGUCAAUUAUUAGGGUUUUUCAAUGGGCUUGUAUGGCCCUUGUAAAUGUGGAUGACAUGGCUUUGCUCAAGUGGAUCCUGCAAACACGGAUAGAGAAGAUGAAGAGAACAAGGUGCCUUAUUUUCUCGAGCCAUGGGAUGGACAAUAGAGGUGUGAGAGAGAUUUAAGAGAAGGCUAGAUCAUUGGGAGAGUUAGAAUUUCUCCUACAAAUAUCUAAAUUUGAGGCAAUUAAUCUCCCUGCAGGCCUGCCAAAUAUUUAGCAGUAGUAAACUAUACUUCCUAGUGGCUUUUUUAUAAUUGUCAAACAUGGUUUAACAUAGCACAAUAACCCAUCAAAGUUAUCCGAACAAGCAAGCACUGCUUUGGGAUCAUAGACCUGGGUUUCAUGACUGAAUAUUGCUUUCCUCUGUACUUGACUUAAAAAGAAAAUUAACAUACAUAUCAGCUUUAAAAAUGCUUUUAUUUUAAUUUUUUGUCUAGAAUAAAUUAGAGUUUUAAAUACACAAUGCUUUGAAGCACAAGAAAAUAAAGUACUAGUUUCCUCUUUGUACCAACCAACAGGAACACUACAUUUUCAAUCGUUUUACUAAUUUGAUUUUUGUCAACAGAUUUAAGAAAUAUGGGACAAAAAUAGGAUAAGAAUUCUAAAGGUCUCAGAUUUGACUCCAUAAAAAUCCAUCUACCACUCACCCUUGGAGAGGGGUCACUUUAUAUAAUGAUGUAGCAAAGUACUUUUAUAACCAGUCAGACUCUGAUUUCAAACACCUUUCAUUUAGUACCUCAGCUUGGACCUGCUUCACAGCUGGUGCCAACAGUCAACAUGGAAGUAUCAUCCUUCUGAGAUCCGUCUUAAUAACAGUCAUAAUAAUGUAUAAUUAAGCUUUUCCUGCAUCAAAAUUCUACAGAGAAGUGACGAGCUACCCUCAACUUAUCUUGCACAAUUGAGAUUUAAUUCAAAUCAUGUUAGCAAAAACUGACCACAUGGUUGACAGAUAUUUCUAACAUUGUGUACAAUAAAAAGUCAUGAC